AUGUUAGCACACUGUUUAUUGUAAGUGUCCUUCUAAUCUCCAUUUUCAUCCGCCAUUGAGAUCAGUGUUCCUAUAGCCCCCACUCCACCGAAAUGGCAGAGAUAAAUUGUGGGACAGAUGAGAUAUAUAACUACCGCCUUGCAAACUUCAGAAUGGAGUAACCCAGUAACUUUCGUUUGCGCCAGUGCCCCACUUUCACCAGCUACCCCUACUUCUCAAAUAGCGAAAUAAGAUCUGAUUAUUGUAGACUGGCUACCUUCUAGUUCAGAUGGAGGAAGUCCACUUCUUGGAUAUUAGCUCUACAUGAAGCUAUCAACUUCAGGGUCUUAUACUUUAGUCUACGAUGGAAAGGAAGACCCUGCCACAAAAUAGGUCUAUAUCACUUCUUUCAAUAAUGCUCCACUCACAUUUGGUACCUAUAAUUUUGUAGUAAGAGCUUUUAAUUGGGUCGGCUAGAGUCCAGAUUCAUCUCCUUUAACUUUAGUCUUGCCCAGGAAAGUCUCAAAGACAGGGACAUAAGUAUCAGGAAUUGGAAUUUCAGUCAUAGCAGCAAAUGUAGACGCUGUCAUCAACAUAGUUUCUUAUGAUGAGACAGGUGCUCCAAGAACAUUCGGAGGAGAUAUAUACUAUGCUCAUAUUCAGGAUAGAUGUCAAUUAAAUAGCAACUACUAUUGUCAAGAGAAUAGCUUGUCCACUUCUAUUCUCAAACCUCCUUAAAUGAGGCUCAUGACUGAUAAUGGAGAUGGCACCUAUUCUCUUACCUACUAAGUUAGAAGAGAUGGACUUGCUACAGUGGAUGUCAUGGUAAUGAACCAAGGUGGCUUUUAUGCAGAAUACUUCAAUAAUGCCUUUCUAGAUGGCACUCCAGCUAUAACUAGGAUAGAUAACCAGAUCAACUUCGAUUGGGGUCAAGGACUAAUCACAAAUGAUGUAGCAGAUUUUGUCAGUAUAAGAUGGUUUGGCAAGGUUUUAGCGCCUGCCACUGAAGAAUUUACCUUCAUCAUCCAUGCUGAUGAUGGAAUUAGAUUUUAUCUAGACGGAGUAUUGCUGAUAGACAGAUGGGACCUAUGUUGUGAAGAUGUCACAACUACUUAGAGUAUGGUAUAAGGCCAAUACUAUGACAUAAUGCUUGAAUACAAAGAAUAUUAAGAACAAGCAUAUGUCAGUCUAUCAUGGACAUCUCUCUCAAAGCCAAAGUAGAUUAUUUCUCCAGUAUAUAUUUACUUUCCCGUGAGAGUUGCCAGCAGUCCAUAUGAUAUUGUCAUUAACUUUGGUCCAUCUAUUGCUUCACAGUGUACAGCCUAUGGAGAUGGUUUAGUUUCAGCCAUUGCUGGAAAACUCUCAUACAUUUAUAUUCAAUCAAGAAAUUCAGUUGGAAGCAUUAUUGACAACAAGAACGAUAACUAUCAACUAUACUUUGCAGGCCCUGAUCUUACAGUAACUGGAGAAUUCUAUGUAACUGGAGUUUAUCAAUCUAAUGGUCUGUAUCUUGCUCAAUAUGUACCUUAUCUCUCUGGCACUUAUGAUCUAAGCAUCACACUACUAGGUGAAUCAAUCAAGGAUUCUCCCUGGGUGGUAGUAGUUUCCCCAGGAGAAAUUGAUGCAACUAAAUCAAAGACCAACCUUGGCAUUGCUCCUAUUUCAGCAGUAGCUGGCAUGACUAAGUUCUUUCAAAUAAAUACCUUUGAUAUGUACUCAAAUCUCCAAUAUGAAUCGUACAAAGAUACAAAUAUCACAAUAAUAGCAGUUUAUGAGGAUAACACUCAAUAUGUAUCUCCACUUGGAAUUGCAGAUCUGACUAAUUGGCAAUAGAUAUAUGGCAAGGAUAUAUCGGGGAUCUACUCAGAUAACAAAGAUGGAACCUACAAUGCUUAGAUAACAAUUUACAGAGCUGGAAAGUUCUCUCUUUAUGUUAAGAUAAAUCAAGUUAACGUAAUCAACUCUCCAUAUUCAUCUGCAUCAGAUUACUUAUAUAUUUCUCCUAAUGAUAUCUACGCACCUAAUUGCCUCACUUAUCAACUUGUUACAACUAUGACUGCAGGAGUUACAUCAACUUUUAAGAUUCAAGGAAGAGACUUCUACUCUAACAACAUCAAGACUUUACUUGCAGUAGCUGUCACAGACUAUAAACUUCAGAUUAGAGACUCUUUGAAUGUCUCAAUAUCUACUGGCACAAUUAUUGAUUCAGCUUUGUAAGCUGGAGUAUUUCAGGUUUCUUUCACUCCUACCUUAGCUGGUUCAUAUAAACUAUACCUAUAGUUCAAUGGACUGAACGUUGAUUAGUCACCAUAUACCCUCACAGUGAAUCCAGCUACGACAACUUCUGCCACAGCUACCACUCACACUUUAACAAGAAAGAAUUAUACCACAGGAGAUCACCUUGUAUUCUUGAUAUAGGCUAGAGAUUAGUUUGGAAACUUAAGACCUGCAUCUGUUUCAGAGGUAUUCACUGUAACAUUCACUAGCACAACCACUUCAUUAGUCAGUACUCUAACAACUACAAGUAAUAACAAUGGCACAUACACAGUCGACUAUCUUUUGCAAACUGCAGAUGUUUACACACUGAACAUUAAGUUAGGGUCGGUUGAUAUCUCUGGCUCCCCUGUAACUAGUAUAAUAGUAAAUGUUGGGAAAGUGUAGGCUCGUUAUAGUUUGCUGACAACUUCCUACACACCUGUCACAGCAGGGUAUGCAAAUCUAUUCAGAAUUUAAGCGAAGGAUAUCUACUCUAACACUGUUGUUGAGACGAACGAGAGGUUCGAGUUUGAAAUUAAGAAUCUUGCUACUGGAUCGAUUACAAACUCUAAUGUGACCUAUCUCUUCGAGUUAUACGAAGUUUACUUUACUUUGAGACUAGCAGGAUCUUACUCAGGCAUAAUUAGAUUGACUUAAUAUGGAGGACUUCGAGCUGUCUAUUUCAAGUCAAUAGAUUUCCACUACUCUGUAGAUUUAUUAAGCCUAUACAAUCACAGUGCAGGUUACUACACCUAGAUCGAUAGCCAGAUUAACUUUGACAUUGGCUACAAAGCAAUGCUGGCUUCCAGCUACCCAUCUCAAUACUAUUCAGUUGAGUGGAAUGGAUUUCUCAAAGCACCUUCAACUGAGACAUAUAGGCUAUUUAUUGACACCUAUAAUACUUCAUAUGUCUAGCUCUACCUGAAUGAUACUCUAUACAUUCAGAAUGAUUACAAGGGAAAAGGCUCUGUAAACAUGUAUGCAGAUAUUGACCUUACAAAGGAUACCUUGUCUAAAAUCAACUUAAGAUUCUCAGAGAAACUCGGACCAACUAAGUUAAUCAUGUCUUGGGAGAGUGACUCAAGAGAUUUUUAGGUUAUCCCUUCAGAAUUCUUUUACCAUAGGCUAAACAGUGGAACAACACCUUUCCUCUUCACUGUUAUUCCAGAUAUCUCUAACUCCACCACAACUGGACUUAUUAACAAUGAUUACUCUAUCGCAUUAGUUGGUAUUUAGGAGACAAUUACACUUUAUGCAAGAGAUAAAUUUGGCAACAAACAAAAUCACUAGAGUGAUGUGCUUGAAGUAAUCAUUACUUACACUCCUACAGGCACAACUUCUACUGUAACCGUAACACCUGUAGCUAAUGGAGAAUAUCAAAUAAAGUAUACAUUGACAAAAGCAGGUGCAUAUACAAUGGCAAUCAAACUCUAGCCAAACGGAGUUGGUUCUCUCUAUCCACUUUCAACCUCCCCAUUCACUAUCAGCUGUAUAGUUUCAACCACUGAUCCCUCCAAGACAACUCUGACAGGCUCAGGCAAGACUAAUGCAGUAGCAGGUAUUGUUGGAACCUUCAUAGUAACACUAUUUGAUUCAGGAAACAACUAAAGAACUAGUGGGGGUGACAAUCUAAAUGUGAAGAUAGGCUCAAUAACUUAGAUAGAAAUAUUUGACAAUAAUGAUGGAACCUACACUGUUUAAUAUCUUAUCAAGGAUGCAUCAGUAACCUAUCUCAUUGAAGUUAUUGUUAACUCUGAUACAGCUAACAAGAAGACAAGUACUAUAGUUGUAGUUGCAAACAUACCCAACCCUUCUAAGUCAACACUCACUGCUACCUAGCCAAUAACAAUAGAUAUUGCUUACACAUAUUCAAUUAAAGUUUAUGAUAGCUAUCUUAAUCCAGUGUAAGUAGCUCAGACAAUCCUCUCUGUUAUUGAAGGUGCUGGAUAGACUCUCUACUUCACAGGCACAGUUACUUCACUAACACUUGCAACAUAUACUGUUACAUUUACAAUUCCAAGUAAAACUUCAUUUACCAAUUGUGGAUUAUACAGUUUCUCAGCAUUCUAUUUACUUCAAGGUGGAUUAAUAGGUCAAUACUAUACUAAUAAAUGGUUCUCAGGGACUCCUUAUGCCACCUAAACAGACGCUCAAGUGAAUAUGAACUGGGGAAGUGGAGAUGUAAUUCCUGGUGUUGCCUAAGACUAUGUAAGCAUUGAAUGGAAUGGCUUCCUUUUGCCAGCAUACUCUGAAUCUUAUACUUUUUACAUUGAAGCAAAUGAUGGAGUAAGACUCUAUGUGAACAAUCAGAUGAUUAUAGACAGACUAUAAGACUCUACUUCCGACACUGAUACUCACCUAGUUACUUCAACGACGAUCACACUCGUAGCAGGUAAAUUAGUCCCAAUUAGAGUCAUGUAUUACGAGACAACUGGAGUUGCUAUGAUUUCAUUGUUCUGGAGGAGUGCUUAGUAAGCCCAAUAAGUUAUUCCAUCAACUGCGUUUUACUACAAGCAAUCAGAAACACCCAUCUCUGGAGAUAAAUUCAUGAUCACUGCUCAGGAUGAGCCAUUAGAGCCCACUGGUUUAAAAUAAAGUUCAUCAACUACUUAUUCGUAAACAAGCAUUAGUGUAGAGUGGACUGCUCCUCUUGACAAUGGAUUCUUAAGCAUUAUUGACUAUAAGAUUCAAGUAUAUAAUGGUCUCAUUUGGGCUGAUUCUGCAACUGCAUUAACUACUCCUCUUGGAACUGCAACGGGGCUCACAGCUGGAACUAUCUAUUAAAUUAGAGUCUUAGCUAGAAACUCUCUAGGCUUUGGUUUACCCUCAGCUAGUGUUUCAUUAAUACCAGCUAUAUUACCAUUGGCACCUGCCACGAUUACUCUAACAUCGUAUGGUCCAAACUAUCUAACAAUUACCUGGACUAUCCCAACAAACACUGGGACUGGUGGAACAACUACCCCAAUAAUCAAUUACCUCCUAUAGGUUAAUGAAAAUUUUGGAACUAAUGGGUUUGUGACUUUAUCAGAGCAGUCUACAACGUCUUUUACUCACUAGAACCUAGUGAUGGGUCACUCGUACACUUAUCAUGUCAAAGCUUAGAAUUUUAUGGGUUAUGGUUCUUAUAGUACAUCUUACACAUUUACCCCAAUAGAUGUCCCAGAGAAGCCACCUAAACCCCCAGCCAAUGUCAUAUUAAGCACUACAAGAACAGUUAUCUUUAUCUAAUAUGAUGCAUUGAUUAACACAGGUGGUUCACCGAUUACUCUGUAUAACAUUUAUAUUGACGAUGGCAAUGAUGGGGCAUUCUCAACAAAGGUUUCCAAUGGUGUUUUACUCACAUACAACACAGCUGCACUUUCUUUGACAACAGGGUUAGUUUACAGAUUCAAAUAUUCAGGUUAGAACACUGCUGGAGAGGGACCCCUUUCAGAUGAAGUUGCUAUCUUAAUGGCUGUAGUACCCUCAGUCCCGACUACUUUCCAAAGAAUAGACAGUACUAUACUAUCUGCAGGAUAAAUCAGAGUUUAAUGGGCAUUACCUUCAGACAAUGGGGGUACAGCAGUGACUGGCUAUAAGCUUUAUUUAGACAAUGUGCUAUAGUAUGAUGGAAGUACUGAAUCUAGUGUCUAUGUUUAUACCCUUAGCAACCUUAACGUAGGAAGAUCUUACCUUAUUUCUGUCAGUGCAGUGAAUAAAGCAGGAGAGGGGCCAAAGACAUCACUGACAUUAGUUGCUGCUAGUGUUCCAACAAAAAUGGGCAUUCCAUCAUUAAGCUCAGCUGCAUCAACAAGUAUUACAAUAUAAUGGACAGUGCCAAGCUUUGAUGGAGGUGCAGCAGUUACCUCUUAUGCUAUUAGAAGAGAUGAUGGACCUCUAACUGCAUUCCAAGCUCAAGUUACUUCAUUGGUUACAUUAUAGGCAUUCAGUGGCUUGUCUAACUCUAAGUAGAUUUAUAGAUUCUAAGUUGCUGCUAUCAAUAGCAUUGGCUAAGGAGCUUGGUCCGAAGCAAUAAGUUUCUAUACUGCAGACAUACCAGGUGAUCCAACAUCAUUCAGUGUUGUCUCUUAAUCUCAGUCAUCAAUCACCCUAUCAUGGAUUGCUCCAGUUUCAAAUGGAGGAUGCAACAUUGAAGGAUACAGAAUUCAAAUGGAAGACAUCUUAAAUCCUGGCUACAAAAUUGUAUACAAUGGUAUUACCAUGCCCACUAUAACUUAAUUCACUAUCUCAAACCCAGAUAUAUAACCCAGCAAGUAUUAUAAGUUCCUCUUACAAACAAAAAACUGUGGAAGAUUCUCAGUUGGAACUACUCUCACACUGGCCAGUGCUUCAGUACCUUCAAAGAUAACCAGACCACCUGCAGUAUCAACUUUUGACAGCUCAACUGCGAUGACUAUUUCUUGGAUAAUGCCUGCUUCUAAUGGUGGCUUUGCUCUUAAAUCUUAUAAGGUGUAUUCAAACAAUGCAGUUGCUAGCACUUUGCAGCCCAAUAUAAAUACUUAUCAACUCACAGGGCUAACUUAGGGAUCUCAGUAUAAAUUGUAAGUCUCCUCAACAAAUGAAGUAGGUGAAAGCGCUAUUUCAGAUUCAAUUACAGUCCUUUUCGCUAAUGUUCCCUCAGUCCCUGCAGCUUUAACUCUUACUUCAACUUCGCUGCCAUCUUUGACAGCUGUAUGGACUGCUCCAUCCUCAGCCAAUGGAGAUGCUGUAAAAGGCUACAAGCUAUAUGUAGAUGAUGGAGAAGGCGGAGACUUUACUCUUGUUUAUGAUGGAUCUAAAUUCGCCAAUAUAUAUACCUAUACAAUAGGUUCUGAUUAUGUUAAAUGUGGAGUUAUUUACAAUGUCUGGGUCACUGCAAUCAAUACUGCAGGAGAGAGCAAUCCACAAUAGGCUUAAAGGAGAGUUGGCUAAGUGCCAACUGCACCCUAGAAUUUAACUAUGGUCACAGUGACUCCUUCAGUUUCACUUAAGCUAAAAUGGAAUCCUCCACUUGAUAAUGGUUGUCUCCCUAUCAUAUAAUAUACCCUGAAUAAAAACGGAGCUGAUUUAGUAGCUGUCAUUAGUGCAGAUUCAUUGUCCUAUACAGACAGCAUCACAACUGGUGGGACCAUUGGAACUUCUAUUACAUACAAGUUAAAAGCAAUAAACUAUGCAGGCGCUUCAAUUUACACUGAAAAUCUAGUAUUAGUAGUUGGAUAAAUUCCAAAUGCGCCAACUAACCUUAGGAUCACUUCACAAACUCAGUAGAACUAAGUAAACAUUGCCUGGGAUGCCGAUGUUGUGAUAGCAAGCAAUCCCUCUACACAGGGAUAUCGAGUUUAUCUUGAUGACUAAAGUGGGAAUGGACCUCAAUUAGUGAUUGAUACUACACUAUACUCUUUAACUACUGUAGGAGUUAUUAAGAAUCUGAUAGUUGGUAAGACUUAUCUUGCCACAGUCAAGGCUGUAAACGUUAUUGGAGAGAGUCUUGCCAGCACUCAACUUACUAUUAAUGCAGGAACUAUCCCCUCGAAAAUCUCUGGAGUUAUUCUAACUGGUUCAACAACCACAUCACUCUCAAUAAAAUGGAGUAAUCCUGAUUCAAAUGGAGGUUUACCAAUUACUAAGUUCACUGUUUAUCUUGAUGUUGGGUAAACAGGGACACCAACCUCAACAAUUACUAUUUAAGAUCCUAAUUAGAAUUACUAUACAACAGCAACUACCUUAACCACUGGAGCAAUAGUGGAUAUUCAAGUGUCAGCAUCAAAUAUCAAUGGAGAGGGAUAAAAGUCCGACAUUGAUACUUUUUAUGUAGCUACAGUGCCUGCCACUCCUUCUGCUCCUACUGAGACUAAGAUUUAUCUAAUCAAUGGCUAUGAAAAGAAUUAAGCUGCUAUUUAAGUAUCCUGGGUAGCUCCUACUAGUAAUGGUGCUCCUAUCACUGGCUACAAACUUUACAUGGCUGAGAACGCUAAUCAGUACAAACUAGUUUAUGAUGGCUCAAGUAGAUCAGAUAUCUUGACUUAUACUUAAACAAUUGGUGUCAAUAAAACAUAUUACUACAAAUUCAAAGUAUUGGCUAUUAAUGCAGUCGGCGAAUCAGCAUUAUCCUCUGCAAUUACUUGCUUUGCUGCUGUUGUACCUACCACCCCAUAGAACUUCACAGUAGUAUCAUCAGGCUCUGGAACAAUCACAGUUUCAUGGCUUGCACCAUAGUUUGAUGGUGGAUCAUCAUUGACUGGCUACUAUAUCUACUACAAGCUUAAUUCAUUCUCAACUUUCUCAAAAUCUUCACUCAUAUCAACAACUGCAACAUCUUAUCAGGUGACUGGAUUAACAGCUGAUUCGUUAUAUUCUCUUAAGAUGACAGCAGCCAAUAUCAAAGGAGAAAGUAUAGCUUCUGGAAUCUAAUAUCAAUAUGCAAGUGCAGUUGCUAGUACUUUAGCAGCGCCAACAAUAGUUUCUGGAUCUAGAACUGAAUACUCAGUUGGUCUACAAUGGACAGUGCCUGGUACAUCUACUACAACUGUACUAGGAUACAGAAUCUACAUAAAUCUUCCUAAUUCAAACACUGUUCCAGACAUAUUAGUCUACGAUGGAGCUGCAGUUCCUUCAGUUUUAAAGACUACUAUUUACAAUAUAGUUAGUGGUCAAAACUAUCUUAUUAGUUACAAAGUAUUGAACAGAGCUGGCUGGAGCAACUUAAGCCCUUCCCUUAAUCUAGUAGCAGGAAAGUUACCAUCUCCACCUGCAUAAGCUCCUAAACUUAUCAGCUCAAAGUCAAAUCAGAUUUAAUUCUCUUGGAUCCCAACAAUAGAUAUUGGAGGUGCAUCAAAGUUAGACAACUACAAGAUUUAUGCAGGAACAACUUUGAUUGCUACUGUUAGCUCAGAUAUACUUUCAUAUACAUAUACCUCAGUGAUAGCUGGUUCUAGUUAUCAAAUUUCAAUAACUGCCGUUACUUCAAUUGGGGAGGGCUUAAACUCAUUAUCGCGUACAUUCUGGGCUAUUGAUACACCAACUGCACCUGUUGUUUCAUUGUAAUCUACCACAAGAGAUUCAUGCUCACUUAGUUGGGUUGCAGUAACUCCACCUACGAAUUCACUUAUCACUGGAUAUGUUAUCUUAAUAGAUGAUGGAAAAGAUGGAGACUAUAAGAUAGCAUACAAUGGUGCAAAUAAUCCAUCUAUAUUAGCCUACACUGUUUAAAACUUGCAAGCUUAAACUAAUUACAAGAUAUUAGCAUAUGCUAUUAACAAAGCCGGAAAUGGAGCAAACUCAACCUUGCUUACAUGCUUCACAGCAACUAUUCCAGGUAAACCUGGUACACCAAAAAUGGUUACAUCAAGUUCAACUAACAUCGAACUCAAGUGGGAUCCAGCAUACGAUGAUGGUGGUUCCCCAUUAAAGUAAUAUCAGCUCUAUAUGGAUGAAGUAGAGGGAGUAGGUGUUUCUAAUAUAGAGAACUGGGUUCUUAUCUACACAGGCAACGCUCUAACAUUCAAUAAAAACUCAGGCUUGCAAGCCAAGUAUUCUUAUAGAUUUAAGGUUGCAGCAAUAAGUGAACAAAAUUUAUAAAGUGUUUACUCUGAUAUUUCAGAGUACAUAGCAGCAUCAUUACCACCUACAAUCACAUUCCCAAGUGAACCAUUUCCAGAAAAGACAAAAACAAGCAUCAAGGUAACAUGGAACUAGCCCACAAUUGUUUUACUCACAUAGCUUGCUAUAAGUUCUUAUAGAGUAUAUUGGGAUGAAGGAUAUAGAUCUUCAGGAGACUUCACUCUUCUGGCAGAGAUUAAUUCAUAUAAUUAGAACUUCUAUACUGCUAUAAAUCUCCCAAUAGGAACUCUUUUCAGAUUCUAAGUAACAGCCGUGAAUGAUGUUGGAGAAGGUGCAUUAUCAGUAGAAGUGUCUUCUUACUCAAUGUCAAAGCCAGGAACUCCAUUAAUCCCAAAAGUAGUUUCCUCUAAUAUGGCUUCUGUUUCUACAGCAACAAUAGUACUUAGCUGGAACCCAUUACUUGAGACAGGUGGUGUGCCUCUAACUGGCUAUAAGCUCUAUCAAAAGAGAUUUAGUACUGGAGUUCAAUCUCUUGCAUAUGAUGGCACAAGCAAUCCACAAAUAGUUCAAGCCACAAUUACAGCGUUAGUGCUAAAUGAGGACUAUCAAUUUUGGGUUACUGGAUUGAAUCCAUCAGAAGGGCCUGCAAGUGAUAUUCUAACUGCAAGAGCUGCUGGUUUACCUCUCGCACCUGGUGCUAUCACUGAAGUUUCAAAUUCAAGAACUGGAACAAGCAUUGGCCUCAACUGGAUUGCCCCUUCAAGUGAUGGAGGUUCUUCAAUAAUCUCCUACACAAUGGUUAAGGUAACAGACAACCAAGAUGAUUUAGUUGUAUACUUUGGCUCUCAGUUGACAACAGUUAUCACUGACCUAAGUCCAGGAGAGGAAUACACAUUUAAAAUUAAGGCCACUAACUUGGUUGGCGAUGGUCCAUGGUCCAAUUUAUAUCUCUUCUUAAUAGUUGAUAGGCCAAGUGAACCUCUUAAUUUAGUUAUCAAUUCAUAUGAUAACACCUAUGUAACUUUCAGUUGGGAGCAGCCUGUGUAUAAUGGAGGCUAAGCAUUAAAUGGAUUCAAGAUAUAUAGGCAAGAUUGCUCAGACUCAGAUAAUGAUCCAAUACUGUUAACAACAGUUUCAGCUUCUUAGUUUUAAUAUACUGAUUCGUCAGUCGAUGGAGGUCAGCUAUACUGCUAUACUCUAACUGCAUAUAAUUCACUUGGUGGAGAGAGUGAUCCAAGCAUCCAUCUUUAAGUUCAACCAAUCACAAUUCCUUCAGGUCUGACUGCACCCACUCUUGUUACUAAAACCUUGAAUUCAUUAACAGUUCAAUGGCUUGCUCCUAUAUCUGACGGAGAUUCAGAGGUUCAAAGAUACAUUCUAUAUAUAAAGGCUGAGUUUGAGUCACAAUACAAAGAGAUCUAUUCAGGUAAAAGUACAAGCUACACAGCAACUCUGCUUAACUCAGGAUUCAAUUACUAGUUCAAGGUUAGAGCAGUGAAUAGUGCAGGAAUGAGUGCUUUGAGCUCAGCUUCCACAACAUUGAUCACAGCACUUGCCCCAUCUGUUCCAUUGAAUCUCGACCUAGUUAUGCGAAGUGACACCUAAAUCACAUUCAAAUGGGAUGCCCCAUUAAGUAAUGGAGGUCUAUCACUUCAGGGAUAUAAAAUAUACAUGGCUAUAGGAAGUGGUUCAUACUCUGAGAUCACAACUGCUCCUGCAAAAUCAAACCCUACAAUUAACCAGCAUACUUAAUCAUCAGGUAUAACUAGCGGCCAAUCAUACAAGUUUAAAAUAUCAGCAUUUAAUGCUAUUGGAGAGAGUCUUUAAACUGAUUACAUUUACAUUAUAGCUUCAGAUUUACCUGAAGCCCCAGUCAAUGCUCCAAUUAUUCUAACAUUGACUUAAACUUCUGUUACGAUUAAACUUACAGCCAUUCCAAUCAUAGAUAAUGGAGGCUCUCCUAUUACAGGCUAUCUAGUUAUGAUUGAUGAUGGUCUUGGAGGAAGCUUUACUUAGAUCCAAGAUUCACUUAAUACCGAAAUCACUAUCAGCAAUCUUAAAAGUGGAAGAACAUAUCGAAUUAAGUAUGCAGGAAGAAACAUAGUUUAUGAUUAGAACAAUAUGUUUGAUUGCGACUCUAUUCGCUUCAGUCCAAGUGCUUAAGCACUUACUGCCAUCAGCCCUUCAACUCCACUAAAUUUAAGAAAGAGUUCAACUUUAAGGUAUAAGGACUAGAUUGUGGUUCUAUGGGAUGCACCCAAAACUAAUGGAGGUUCACCACUAAUUUCAUAUACCUUAGGCAUUUAUGAUAUGACGAAUUUGUUAGAAACACCUGUAAUAUUAUCCUCUUCUGCAAUGAGUUAUACAUUUACUGGACUUAUACCAGGAAGUCAAUACUUAAUUAGAAUUAAAUGCACUAACUUAGUUGGAAGUUCAGAAUGGUCUGAGUAGAUUAUAACAUAUGCAGGUAUUGAACCUGUAAGACCAGGUCUUAUCACCUUUGCUAGCUCAACUAGAAAUACCUUAGCAGUAUCAUGGAGUUCUCUAAUUGGUGAUGACACUGGUGGUACUUCAUUAUAACCAAUCUCUAUUACAUCAUAUGAUCUUUAUUAGGACAAUGGUUACAAUGGGGACUUCUCAUUAGUGAUCUCUCAAUCCUUGACAACUUACACAGUGAAUUACAUGACUCCAGGCUUGAUGUAUAGAUUCAAAUUAAAGGCAAAGAAUGCGAUUGGCUAUGAAAGCGAUUUCUCUACAAUAUAAUAUAUGAUGAGUGGAACUACACCCUCAUCUCCUGGAGCUCCAAUCUUAAUUGAAGAGUCUUCUGAGUUGAUUCACUUCUACUGGAACGAACCAUUUGAUAAUGGAGGAACAUCAAUUACGUCAUACGAAAUUCAAAUCCUCAGGUAUUCAGACUCUAACCUAAAGUCAGUUGUUGUUAUAAACAGCAAUGAAUAUCAAUUUACAUCUACCGAAGGACUUGUAGCAGGAUAAGAAUACAGAAUUAAGGUAAGAGCUACUAAUUAUAUUACAGAAUACUUCACUCUCACAGGACCUUGGAGUCCAACUAUUACCUUUUACUCGAGUGAGCUACCUCAUACUGUUAGUGGCUUGACCUAUAGUGGACUAUCAAAAACUGGAGUGACCAUUCAAUGGACACUGCACACUUCAGGUGCAGAUAAAGGAUACUCCACAACAGAUCUAGUCUAUAUACUUCAAAUGGAUGACUGUAGAAACGGGGCAUUCUCAACUACAUUAUUGAAGACCACAACUCUCACUUAAUAUGUAAUAUCUAGCAUUACACCAGGAACUAUCUGCAGGUACAGAAUGCAAGUUUAGAAUAUAAUUGGCUUAAGCCCGUAUACUGAUAUCCUAACAGUUCAAUUCGCUUAAGUGCCAAACGCUCCUGAAGCUCCAACCUUUGUUGACAGAUCUGGAGGAGAUACUUCAAUUGGACAAACACCAUACAUUUAGAUUGCUUGGAAUGAACCUUAUGACAAUGGUGGCAUCCCGAUCUUAGGAUACAAAGUAGAAGUGUCAAAGGACUCCAACACUUACUAGGUUCAAUAUGAUGGUUCAACAAACCCUAGCCUUAAAACUUACAAAUUCUAGGGUCUUACUUAAGGUUCAACUUAUAAGUUCAGAGUGUAUGCAAGGAAUGAAAAAGCAUACUCAGUGUAUAGCAAUGAACUCACUGUAAUAGCUGCUACUCUUCCAUUUAAGAUGGACUCACCAACAGUCACAUCUGUAGUAGACACCACCUAGAGUAUUUCUCUACAAUGGACAACUCCAUCAUUAACUGGAGGUUCUGCCAUCACUGGCUACUACCUUUAAAUUAAUAAUGGAUAUAACACUAGUUUUAUUUAGCCAGGAAACCUCAUUAAUGUUGGAACAAACACCUUUACUUAUUCUGGAUUAGUACAAGGCGCAAUGUAUUAAUUCAGAAUAGCAGCAGUUAACAUCUUGUAUACUACCAAUCUCUUCCCUGGUGAUGUUAUUAAUUUCUCUGAUUCUAUCACACAUAUCAUAGCCAAUGUGCCUGGCCAGAUAACUACAUUUGCCCAGUAAAACUUUGAUUAUGAGAAAGCAAAGAACAAACUUAAAUGGUCUGCACCAGCAUUGAAUGGCAGUCCCAUUAAGUAUUAUACAAUUAUCAAAGAUAUUGGAAGUGGAGUUUUCUACAAGAUCUAUCAAGGGACAGACUUAUCUUAUACUGAUGCUAAUUUGAUACCUGGUUAGUCAUACAACUACAAGAUCUAUGCUACCAAUGGAGCUGGCGAUGGUCCUUUGUCAUAAGUCUUAACUUCAAUUGCUGGUUCUUUACCAGUAGUAAUCAGCGUAGUAACAAUCUCAAAGUAAUCUCAAACUGAAUUGAAAAUUGAUUAUCAACCUCCUUCAGAUACUGGCGGUCUAGCCAUAACUUCGUAUAAAAUCAUCUUUGAUAAUAGUGAUUUCAUUUAUCAAGCUGAGGUUGAUAACACUCUUCUGCUUUCGUAUACUAAAUCCAUCUCUCAACCAAACAACGAGGGAAAAUAUUAUAGAUUCAAAGUAGCUGCAGCUAAUAUCCUAGGAAAAGGAUAGUUCAGUGAUGAAGUCUAGUUAAUGGCAGCAAAUCCACCAACAGCACCAGUGCUAACAGCUGUUGAAAGCUCAAGAACACUCACAUCAUUUGAACUUUAAUUUAAGCCUCACUCUGAUAAUGGUGGCUCUCCUAUUAUAGGGUAUGUGCUCUACCGAGAUGAAGGAGUAGAUGGAAGUCCCUUUAGCCUUAUCUAUAAUGGUACAGGAAAACCUGAAGUUAUAUAAAUGGAAGUCACUGGAAUGACAACAGGGCAGACUUAUAAAUUCAGGCUUUAUUCAAGAAAUGCAAUCUAUAUUUCAACAAAUCCUGGGACUUUGUCAGUCCUUGUAGGAACAGUUCCAGAUAAACCCUCUAAGCCAGCUUAUGUAUCAUCAAGUCUUGAUGAUUUAAAAAUAACCGUUUCUUGGAUUGCACCAAGUUACAUAGGAGGUAAUCAAAUCAUAUCAUAUUAUCUAUGGAUUGAUGAUGGUGCUGGAAAUUGGCCAACGAAUCCCUCAAUCACAUAUACAAAUCUGAAUGUACUCAAUUACCCCUUCACAGGUUUAACAGGUGGGAAGACAUAUGGUAUAAGAAUUUAAUCUGUAAACAAUGUUGGAGCAUCCGAUUAUUCUGAUGCCUCAUAUUAUGUAUGUGCAACAAAGCCAAACCCACCUAGCCAACCAACACUUGAAUCAUCUUCUAGAUCUACUAUCACAAUUGCUUGGAAUGCUAUUACUAACGCUAACACAGGCGGGUCUCCUAUCACUGGCUACAGAGUAUAUAUGAAUGAUCUACUUUCUGAUAGAUGGGAGCUUGUCUAUGAUGGUUCUAAUUACCCAUCAACUUUGACCUAUGAGAAAUAAGGAUUAGUAGCAGGAAGAUUUUAUAGAUUCAAAGUCACAGCUCUAAAUUUAGUUGGAGAAAGCAUAGACAGCAAUGUAAAUCAAUUCAUUGCUGCAGAUUACCCUAAUGCACCCUCGCAGCCACAACUUGUCGAUUCCACCUUAACUUCAGUUCAGAUUAGUUGGGAACCACCCUCUGAUAAUGGUGGAGCUACCAUAACAGGAUAUGAAGUCUAAUACAAGAAAUCAAAUUAAGAUGAAACCCAAUGGACAUAAGUUGGAAUUACAGAUAUAAAUACUCUAACCUUAACUCAUAAUGGAAUAACAGGCACUGAUGAUGUUCAAUACAAAGUCAGGGCACUUUCUAAUAAAGGUGAUGGAGCAUUUUCGGUUCGAAACACUUUCAUUCUUGCUUCUACCCCUACUGUAUAAAAUGCUCCUACAAAGGUAAGCUCAUCAAAGCAUUCAAUAACCAUUUAAUGGAGCCUUACUUACAAUGGUGGAUCACCUGUUCUAGGUUAUAAACUCUAUUAAAGUAAUGUAACUACAGGAGGAGAAUAUUUGAUAUAUGAUGGAAGUAGUAUUCCCACAGUGACUAGCUUUACUAUCAAUGGAUUAACUGCAGGCCAUAUUUAUUAAUACAGGGUUAGUGCACUAAACAGAGUUGGUGAUGGAGAAUUUAGUCCUUAUAGUAUUAAGAUUAAAGCAGCCAAUGUGCCCGGAAGACCAGAAGCACCUAAGUAUCUUAGCUCUACAAGCAAAAAGAUCACAAUCGGAUGGACUGAUGUAGAAGAUAAUGGAGGUUCCUUGAUAUUAUACUAUCAGAUCUAUACUGAUGAUGGAAGUCUCUCCACUUCAUUAUUCAAGCAUUUAGAGUAAACUACUGAGUUGACAUACACUCUUGAUGCAAAUGUCUUUACUAAUUAUACUACUAGUAGUCUAUAUAGAUUUAAAAUCACAGCUGUGAAUGAGAUUGGAGAAAGUCUGCCAAGUAAUGAAGUAAGAAUAGCAUUAGCUGGCUUACCACUUGCCCCUAAUAAGCCAAUGAGAGAUAUCACUAAAUCAACCCUCACUUCUCUCUAUAUCUAUUGGGAUGCAUUAGUUUCUGCAGAUAUUCAGGUCGAUGGUUAUAUUCUGUAUAUGAGUGAAAAGGGAUCUGGAGUGUUUAAAGUUAUCUAUGACGGUUCAUUGAAUUCUGAUACUAGGUCAUUUAAUGUGACUGGACUUCAAACAGGAAAAUCAUAUUCCUUCUAAGUUCAAGCAAAUAACUACAAUGGCAAAGGCCCAUUUUCGGUUGAAUUACAAGCUUUGGUUUGUCUAGCCCCAACAUUUAUCUCAGAGCCUAAAUAUAUCUCCUCAACAAAGACAAGUAUAUUUGUUGGCUGGAAUCCUCCAGAUUAUGAUGGAGGUUGCCCAAUAUAUACCUAUGAAUUGUAUAUUAAUGCUGGAGAUGGAACUAAUCCUACCACUCUAGUUGAUGAUAAUAACAUUAGAGGAAAGCCUUACUUGAAUAGUUACAAUGUUCCAACCUUAGAUUAACUAGGGUUGCCAUACAAAUUCAAGAUUAGAGCAUACAAUGAUAUAUCAUAUGUUGAAAGUGCAGUCUCAUCAAUUAUUCUAGCUGCAGUACCUGACAAACCAUCAACAAUUGUCUAGCAAAUUUACUAAGAAUCAAGUGGCACUCAAAUAAAAUUAAGUUACGCUGCAUUCACAACUGGAAUGGCUGGAGGAAGUCCUAUAACAGGCUAUGACUUAUGGAGAGAUGAUGGCAAGAAUGGUGAUUUCUUCAGGAUAUAUUCAGUAGACAAUGUUUUAGCACUUUAAUACCUAGAUUACAAUGUUAUUAGAGGAAGGACAUAUAGAUACUAGUACAGAGCUAGAAAUGUAAAUGGAUGGGGAGAGUUUUCUAAUUCCGGUUAUCUACAUGCUUCUGAUGUCCCAUCUAAACCAGAUGCCCCUAAUGUCCUUGAUGUUACCAAUACAUAUAUUUCAUUAGAACUUUAUUCUCCAAUUGAUUAAGGUGGCUCAGAGAUUACUAGUUACUAACUUGAGAUGGAUCAAGGAAAUCUUAACACUUUAUUCAUACCAGUAGCAUCGUAUAGUGGUAACUAACUAAGUGCUGUGAUUAUUACAAGUGACGGUCUCAUUGUGGGAAAGAUUUAUUCAUUCAGAUUCAGAGCAAGGAAUGUUAUUGGUUUCUCUGAAUACUCAGAUAUACUAAGAGUUGCUUUUGGAGCAAAAGUUCUACCCCCAACAACAGUUUCACAAGAUUUGACUAAAACUGGCUCAUCUUACAUAACUAUUAAAUGGUCAAGAGUCGCUGAUGCAGAUCUAGUAACUUUAGGCUACAUAGUCUAGUUGCUAGAAGGAAAUAAAUGGAAUACAGUCUAUGAUGCUAGGUACAACCAAGAUGCACUAAGUUUUACACUAUAUGGCCUGACAACAGGAUAGCAAUAUAAAUUAAGAGUCUUUGGUGUUAACUUCAAUGGUUUAAGCAAUCCAAGCAACAUAAUCAGUGUCUAUGCAUGUGGAGUUCCUACAGACUUUGCAGCACCUGAAUUUAUUCAAUCAGAUCAAACAUCAAUAAAAAUAAAAUGGGCUGCUCCUUAAAACAAUGGGGGAUGUGAAGUGUAUGACUAUGCAGUGUACAGAGAUGAAAAUGGAUCAGGUACAACAUUUACUGAAGUAAAUCCAGCUCCAACAUAUGUCAGAAAUGAUCCAUAUACUUUCACAUUCACUUGCACUUCCUUCCCUGUAUCUGCAAUAGUAGGCAGUAAAUUCAGAUUCAAGGUAAUAGCCUAUAAUAUUCAAGGCUCAGUUGAAAGUCAGAUAUCAGCACCAAUGACGCUAGCAAGCGUUCCAGGUACUCCUUUAUUAGGUCCAGUUUCUGACAGCACCAUAACAAAUGCUUUCCAAAUCAAAGUGACUUACAAUCAGAUUACUGAUAAUGGAGGCUCCCCUAUACUCAGCUAUGAAUUAUAAAUGGGGUCGUUUAUCUUGAAAGAUUUUGUAUCAAUAUCGGGUCUCGAUCCUUAGACUCUAUCUUUGUACUUUGUUGUUACCAAGAAUAUUGAAAAAGGAAAGACUUAUGCAUUCAGAUAUAGAGGUAUAAAUGCAGUAGGUCAUGGAGGUUGGUCUCCUGUUACUCAGAUUAAUGCAGCUACUAUUCCUGAAGCACCACCUAAACCAAUUUAUUAAAGCUCUAAUGAUACAUUUAUUAGUCUUGCAUUUGGACUAAGCUCUAAUAAUGGUGGAAGCAAGAUCAUUAGAUACUAUUUAUAUAGAGAUGGCGGAGAUCUUUCAACCCCUAUAAACAUUCAAGACACUACCUACGAUGGAGUAUCUUCUUCACACAGUAUGCCUGUACCCACAGCUGGAAAGAAAUACAGAAUCUAAUUUGCAGCCUAUAAUUCCUAUGGAGAGUCUUAAAGAUCUUCUACAUUGACUGUAGCUGCAAGUACUUUGCCAGUAGCGCCAACUGCUCCAAUGGUAGAUUGGAUUUAUUCAUCUAAAGUUUCUUUGUACAUUCACUGGACAGCAGUAGCAAAUCCAUCAUCACCAAUUGUAGGUUACAUCUUGGAAAUGGACGAUGGUAAAGGAGGCUAAUUUACCACUGUAUUUGAUGGUUCCUUCUAGCCAGGAGUCUUAAGUUAUUUAAAAACAGGGUUAAUAAAUGGACUUAGGUAUAGUUUCAGGGUCUAUGCAGUAAACUUUAAUGGAAAGUCUAUAGCAAGUCCAGUGAGUUAAUUCUACGCUUGUAGCGCUCCAACUGAUUUCGCGGCUCCUACAGUUUUGUUGCAGUCAACUACAUCUGUAACUAUUCAAUGGCAGUAGCCUGAAGACACUGGUGGCUGUAGAAUAACUGGCUAUGCUGUAUUUAGAGAUGAUGGAUCAAAUGGACCAAUAACAACUGAAGUCAACUUAGAUGAUGAUCCAAGUGUAAGAGGACUACCAAGUUUGAAUACAUUAGUUGUGACUAAUUUUCCAAGCACCACAGACGGUUAUACAUUUAGAUUCUAGAUUAAAGUUUUCACAACUUAGCGAGAUGCUUUUUCUGAUGUUGGAUACAUUACUAAGGCAUCAGUUCCAGGCAAACCUACUGAUAAACCUACUUCAGACAUUACUAUUACUUCAUCAUCUAGAAUUAAAGUUAAUUUCGCAAAUCCAGCUCCUUAUAAUGGAGGCUCUGCAAUUAUUAGUUUUGAAUUAUAAAUGGAUGAUGGUAUGAGUGGGGAUUUUAACUCUAUUGUUGGUUUCUCUAUCAAUUCACUAUUGACUACAUUCACUAUCACUGAGGGUAUAGUAAAGGGCAGAGAGCAUAGAUUCAGAUAUAGAGCUAGAAAUGUUAUUGGCUGGGGUGCUUUCUCAGAUGAAUCCUCUAUUCUAGCAGCAACAAUUCCAUCGCCUCCGCUUAAGCCCCUCUUCAAUGGUUUUAACUAAGCAACCAAUACUCUAAAUAUACUCAUUCAGUAGUCGGAAGAUAAUGGAGGAUCAGUGAUUUAAUACUAUGAACUCCAUGUAGAUCAAGGAGAUAAUUUCCUUUCAACUUUCAGAAAGUUAGCAAGCUAUAAUGGUCUAACAUUCAACUACGGGGCAACAGUUGCUACUGACAGCUUAGUCAUUGGCAAAACAUAUAGAUUCAAGACCAGAUCAAAGAAUGGAAUAGAUUAUUCAGAAUUUAGUGAUGAAUCUUACAUUGCUUUUGGAGGAGUUCCAAAUACACCAGCAACUCCAACAAUCAUUCAAUCAACAGAAACAUCUAUCAAAUUAUAAUGGGUUGCUCCUGCAGCAAGUGAUCUUGAUAUCACAGGAUACAUCUUGAAUAUGGAUGAUGGAAAAAAUGGUGACAUCAAGGCCAUUUUCAUUGGAUACAAUAGACCAGACAUUUUAACAUUUACUGUGGGUGAUUUAACUACAGGGUUGCCAUAUAGAUUUACAGUAUAAGCAAUUAAUGAUAAUGGCAACUCAGCUCAAAGUCCAAUCGCUACGUUUUACUCAUGUCAAGCACCUUCAGGAUUCGGCACUCCAGUUUAUGUGAGAUCAGAUUAGCUAACUAAAAAGAUUCUAAUAGCAUGGACUUUACCAAAGAAUACAGGAGGAUGUGCUAUCUUAGGCUACAAGAUCUAUAUGGAUAAUGGUUAAGGAGGAUCAAUUACAAAUCAAAUUACCUCAAUGGUGUCUAAUGAUCCUAGCAUUUAAAGUCAUGAAGUUAAUCUCACAAUAACAACCCCUGUUGGAGUUGUUGGAAGAAUAUAUAAGUUUAGAAUUGAAGCUAUCAAUAAUGCUGGUUCUGCAUUGACCAGCGCACUUUCAGUUGCUCUAGCAUCUUUACCAGAUCAGCCUUCAACUACACCUUAUGCAGAUCCAGAUGGAACUAAUCAAUACUAGCUAAAGAUUCUUAUCAACACUUUCACUAGUUCCAACAAUGGAGGAAGUGCUAUACUUAACUAUCAGAUUUAAUAUGAUGAUGGGUAUAGAGGUCCUUACACUAGUGUUUAUACUUUGAGUCCUAGUAUUACUGUGGUGUCUGGAAUUGUAAGAGGAAACAUUUACAGAGUAAGGUACAGAGCUCAGAACUUUAAUGGCUGGGGAGAAUGGAGUGCAAUAGGCUAUAUCAGAGCAGCUUCAAAACCAUAUAAGCCUUAAGCACCACUUUAUGUUGAAUCAGAUGUAGACUCUAUCUCACUUUAAUUCAUUCCUCCAGAUGACAAUGGUGGAGCUGUAAUUUAGAACUAUAGACUUAUGAUGGACACAAUUUAAGCAGUACCAAACUUCUAGCAAGUUUACUAUGGAAACUCCUUGAACUAUGUUGUACUUAAGACUACUCACAGUCUGGUAAGUGGGACAACAUACAGAUUCAAGAUAUCAGUAACUAAUCUUUAUGGGGAUUCUGAGUUCUCUGAAGAAACAAGAGCAGCUCUAGGAGCUUUGCCUAGCAAACCAACUGCACCUACUAAGAUUGAGUUGGAGAGUACAACUACAUCUAUUGCUGUGCAAUGGACUAAGUUAAUCCCAGCAGAUGAUGUUCAUAUCACAGGAUAUAGGGUCUAUAUAGAUGAUGGAUUUAAUGGUAACUAUUAGCUAAUAUAUGAUGGUGACAACUAUCCUAAUAUUGCAAAAUACACAGCCCAGAAUUUGACUACAGGUCUCCCUUACAGAUUCUAUGUGAUUGCACUUAAUAUCAAUGGUGAAUCAGAGGGCAGUGACAUAACCACAAUAUAUGCAUGCUUGAAACCUACAGAAGUCCUUACUCCAACAAAAGUUUCAACUACUAAUACAUCCAUCACUAUUUCAUGGUAAGAGCCUUCUACAAAUGGCUGUGCUCUUAAUGGAUUUGAGAUUUACAGAGAUACUGGCAAUACUGAUGCACUAACAGUGAAUGUUGAUCCAUCAAACAUCCAAAACAAGCCAUCUUUAAGACAAUACACGAUUUCAGGGUUAUCUCCAGUAUCAAAGACAUUUAGAUUUAAGAUCAGAGCAUACAACAAUGCAGGGUACACUGACAGUAACCCAUUGAGUGUAGUCUUGUCUGCAGUUCCAGAUCAACCUUUGACUGGACCAUAGUCAGAUGCAUCUGUAACAGAUAGUACACACAUCAAAGUGAAUUAUGGUCCACAACUAUUCUCUGCUAAUGGAGGAAGUGAAAUUACCAGUUAUGAGUUGUAGAUCGACAAUGGCAAGGGAGGAGACUUCUACACUUUGAUAGGUGGAAGUGCUGACUCUCUAGAAACAACUUUCACAAUUGCUAGUGGGAUUCAGAAAGGAGGAUCCUAUAGAUUCAGGUACAGAUCGAAGAAUACUAAUGGAAGGUCUGAAUGGUCUCCAAUCACCUAUAUAAAAGCAGCAACUAUACCAGUGAGACCUCCAGCACCUUAAUUCAAGUCAGCAAAUGCUACUUUCCUAACUUUGAUACUCUCUCAAUCAACUGAUAACAGAGGAAGUGAAAUCACUUAAUACAAGCUCUACAAAAACUCAGGAGGUACCUCUAACAUCUACACAGUAGUUGCAACAUACAGUGUUCAAGAUACAGAAGCAGUUCUUGAGAAAACUCUAUACUCCUUAACAGCUGGAGUAAUCUACAAGUUCAAGUAUCAAGCCAUCAAUGGCUUUGGGCCAUCUGAUCUUAGUGAUGAGGUUGAUGCAGCAGUCUCAAGUUUCCCAAGUUAACCCUCACCCCCUACUAAGGUUGAGAUAGAAUCAGGAGAAACUUUCAUCACAUUGUAAUGGCUUGCUAGUAUUGAUACAGAAUUGCCAGUUAUAGGCUACGUGCUUAAAAUGGAUGAUGGCUAUGGUGGAGACUAUAAAGUUAUAUACAAUGGCAAGAACUAUCCAAAUGUCUUAAGAUAUACAAUGACAGGAGUAACUACUAGUUUAUCUUACAGAUUCACUCUAUCAGCUUUAAACUUCAAUGGUUUUAGUGUUGAAUCUAAUCCAGCAACAUUCAUAAUUUGUGUUAAACCAAAGCAAUUCAGUGUCCCAAAACUGCAAGCAGUGACUAAGACUUCUUAAACUCUAUCUUGGUCUGCACCAAAAUCUAGUGGCGGUUGCUCUAUAACAUCGUAUAGUAUCUUUAAGAAUACUUCUGCGGCUGGAGACUUUGUUGAAGUAGACCCACUUAUUGUCAAUAAUAACCCCUCUCUUAGGUCUUACUCAAUCUCAUUCUUAGUAUCAGAUCUAUCUAAAACUUUCAGAUACUACAUGGAAGCAAAGAAUGUCAUAGGAACUAUUCAAACAGAAAUAGUAUCCUUCGUUUUAGCUGCUGUUCCAGAUAAGCCACCGACAAGUCCUACACUCAAUCUGGACUAGACUACUUCAUUCUAAAUUCAAGUCAAUUACAAUAGUCUCGCUUCUGGCUUGAAUGGGGGUUCAGAGAUUAUAAGUUACGAAAUUUAGAUUUAUAACCUGACUACUUCUCAAUGGGUAUCUAUUAUUGGCAAUGAGAAUUCCUUUUCACUCCAAAAUUCUGUUAUUUACUCAACAGGCAUUCAAAAAGGUAGAACUUAUCAGUUCAGAUACAGAGCGUGGAAUAUUAAUGGUGCUGGAGCUUGGUCAGAUACUUCUUACAUUGCAGCAGCUCAAGCCCCAUUAAGACCUCCUGCUCCACUGUAUGGAUCAUCAUCAAGUACUUAACUUAAUAUGAUAUUUUCUCAGAGUCCAGAUGAUGGAGGCUCUAUUAUAACUAAUUAUGUUUUGGAAAUGUCACCCUACAAGAGUACGUCUUGGUCUCCAGUAUCAACAUAUGAUGGAAGCUCUAUGUCACAUACUCUAAACACAGCUAACGACCCCAUCAUUUCAUAUCAGAGCUAUAGAUUUAGAAUCAAAGCAGUCAAUAUUUAUGGAGAUUCAGAAUACUCAGAAGAAUUACCUGCUGCAAUAGCUCCACUUCCUAGCUAGCCAGCCAAGGUAACUAAAGAUCAAAGUUUUUCAACUGUCUCUUCAAUUAAAGUAUUAUGGGCUUAGCCAACAGAUACAUAGCCAGCCACUGGCUUUUAGCUGUACUUAAUUGAUCAAUAAAGUGAAACAUAGUCAUUAAUAUAUGAUGGCAAAUCUAAUCCAAAUGUGCUAGACUAUCUAUAUUCUAAUCUGACCACAGGUGCAUCUUAUACUUUCUCAGUAGUAGUAUAUAACUUUAAUGGUCCAAGUCCAUAAUCAAUUCCAGCAACAUUCAAAGCUUGUACCGCACCAUCUAAUAUAUCAGCUCCUUAUGCUACUUCAACUACUGAGACAACAAUUGAACUAUAAUGGACCUCUCCAGUAAACACUGGAGGUUGCCCAAUAACAGGCUAUGAAUUAUAUGUAGAUAAUGGUAGCGGUGGAACUCUCUUAAAAGUAGAUGCAGCAACAAUAGAUAAUAAGCCCUACCUUAGAUCGCACUUAUUAACAUUCGAUGGAUCAUUAAGUAGGUUGUACUUUAGAGUUAGUAUACUAGCUAAAAAUGAGAUAGGGUCAAUCAGCAGUUCAUUAACAUCAAUUCUAUUAGCAGAUGUACCUUCAAAGCCAUCAGCAGCACCUGCAGUAGAUCUCUCGAUUACUGAUUCAAACCAAAUAAGAGUAACAUUUACUGAACCUUCAUCUGAUGGUGGCAAUGAUAUAAUUAGUUAUGAAGUAUAGAUUGAUGAUGGCAAAGGAGGAGACUUCUUAAGUCUAGUAGGGUACGAUCAAGAAUACCUAAAGCUUUGGUAUGUUGUUACUUAGAAUAUAACCAAAGGCAUGCUAUACAGAUUCCGAUAUAGAGCAAGAAAUAAUGUAGGUUGGGGUCCUUUCUCUGAUGAAUCAUUUAUCUAGGCUGCCAAUAAGCCUGCAGCACCUCCAGCUCCUUAGUAUAUAGAGAGUGAUGAUACAAGUAUUACUCUAUAAUUUUCUCAAACAUUAGAUGACGGUGGCUCUCCAAUUUUACUUUACAAAUUAUUUGCAGAUGAUGGCAAUGAUUUUACUAGUGGUUAUCAUCAACUCUCACUCUACAAUGGGAAAUCAGGCUAGUACAAAGCAGUGAUUGGAACUGAUGCAGGAAUUUUGCUAGGUAGAAUAUAUAGAUUUGUAUAUGCUGCUAACAAUAUCUUUGGGGAUUCUGAGAAAUCUAAUGAACUUAUAGCAGGAGUCAGUGAUAAACCUCCAGCACCUAGUGAUCCUUUGAAAGACAUUUCUUAGUCAAAUGCUACUUCUAUGUACAUAAGCUGGGGUGCAGUAACCACAGCAAAACUUCCAAUUAAAGGCUAUAUACUCUACAUCGAUGAUGGAUUAAAAGGAGAUUUUAGGGUAGCUUACAAUGGAAGUCUAAAUCCUUAAUAAGUAAAUAUCCUUAUUACAGGGCUUACUUCAGGCAGGACCUAUAGAUUCAAAGUUAGUGCCCUUGAUAUCAAUGGGAUUGGAUACAGCAGUGCAAUAAGAUCUUACAUAUCUUGUGUGCCUCCUUCUGGAAUGGAUGCUCCAGUUUUAGUUUCAGUAACUGAAUCCAUGUUCAAAAUAACUUGGGAUUUACCUAAGCAAGAUGGAGGAUGUCCUAUCACAGGAUAUGCAUUGUACAGAGAUCUAGGAAAUGGUGGACUGAUUGAUACCCCAGUUGAUCCCUUGGUUUUAUUUGAAAAGCCUUAUAUCUUUGAACAUGAGACAACAAUAGGAUCAAGCUAUAGAGGAAAGACAAUCAGAGUCAAAGUUGAGGCAAUCAACUCUUAUGGGUCUUUUCUAAGUCCAGCAGUAUAAUUCGUAAUGGCCAGUGUCCCAGGUAAGCCUGCUCCACCACCUUAAAUAGAUAUUUCGAAUACCACUACAGAGUAAAUCAAGGUUAAUUUUGUUAACAAUAAUGCCGACAAUGGCGGAAGUCCUAUAGUGCUCUUAGAGUUGCAAAUGGAUGAUGGAGAUAACGGAGACUUCUAAACUAUCUUCACAACACAACAGUAAACUACAUUACUUGUUAGAGAUGGGAUUAAGAGAGGAAAUAUCUACAGAUUUAGGUACAGAGUGAGAAAUGUAAAUGGGUGGAGUGAAUACUCAGAGAUUGCAUAUAUUGAAGCUUACUCAGUUCCAGAGGCGCCUCCUGCACCAAUUUUCAAAGAUGCGAGUGCAACUACAAUCACUCUUUAGCUAUAGAAAUCAAGUGAUGAUAAUGGAGCUAGAAUCGUUGAUUAUGAAUUGUGGAUAGAUCAAGGUAAUGAUCUUUUGAGUACAUUUGAUGAAGUUAACUCAUUUAAGUCUGUUGGCUUUGCAACUACUCAUGUUUUAGUUAAAGCUACAGAUAACCUAGGCGCACCAGGAACAAUAUACAGAGUAAAGUUUAGAGCCAAGAACAUUGACAAUCAGUAUUCUGCCUACAGUAAUGAGCUCGUAUUUGCCUUUGGUCCAUUCCCAUCAGCACCAACUAGCAUCAUAAAAGUAGACAGUCUUUCAAAUAGAACAGCAAUAGGAAUUAGAUGGACUAGAGCUACAGGUAAUACUUUACCCAUUCUUGGAUAUCGGCUAUAUGUUGACUCAGGACUAAAUGAUAAUUUCAAGCUAAUCUAUGAUGGAAACAAUAUGCCAGAGGUGUUUGAGCAUGUAUAUCAGUCAACUAAAUUGAAUACCUUUUUAUCCUACAGAUUCUAUGUCACUUCAAUAAACUUCAAUGGUGAGAGUCCUUCAUCCACAAUUAUUUCAGUCAAACCAUGUACUGGCCCUUCUAAUCUUGAUGCACCAAAAGUAAUUGGCAUCACUUAAACUGAAGUAACAAUAACUUGGACAAUGCCAGCAUAAAAUGGGGGAUGUGGAAUCACUGGCUACAAGAUAUAUGUUGAUGAUGGAGACCAGGGAGCAUUUACUGAGUAUGAUCCAAAUGAUGUCAAUGAUAAACCAUUCCUAGAUACUUAUACUAUAGACAUGACUGAUGCAUCAAUCAGUGGAGUGGUUGGCAAGACAUACAGAAUCUAAAUCGGAGCAGAGAAUAAUGUUGAUGAAGUCUUAAGUGAUACAGUGGCUAUUGUUCUAGCAAGUGUGCCAUCUAAACCAAAUCCCCCUACAAGCCUCUCAGAUGGCUCAUAUAUUGAUGUAGUAAUGGCUCCUCCUUCGUCUGAUGGAGGCAUACCAAUCAUUUCCUAUCAACUUUAAAUCUUAUUUUCGGAUAAGGAAGGAUGGACCACAGUAUAAGGAGCAGAUGAAAAUAAUCUAUAGCUAACCUAUACAGUUCAAAGGUAGCUAAAUUAGGGUUCUAGAAUUCAAGCAAAAUAUAGAUGUAAAAAUGAAAACGGUUGGUCAGAAUUCAGUCUUAAUGCCUACCUAUUAGUAGCAGGAGUUCCAGACCAGCCACCAAGGCCUGAAUAUGUCUCUUCAAAUGCAAAUUCGAUCACCUUAAGAAUAAUCCCAGUAAUAGAUAACAAUGGAGCAACAGUUGAUUACUAUUAACUAUUCAGAGAUGCCGGAGAUUAUUCAAGUAAUGUUAACAUUCCUAUGCUAGGUUAUGACGGAUUAAGUGCGACAUUUACUGAGAGUAGUUUGAUAUCAGGAAGGAAGUAUAGAUUUGUUACAAGAGCGAAGAAUACAGUUGGAUACUCACUUUAUAGCUUUCAAGCAAUCAUAGUAGCUGCUUCUUUACCCAAUGCACCAACACUAAUUACAAAGAACUCUUAGAAAUCUAACAAAACUUCAAUCACAGUUUAAUGGUCUAAAGUUCCAGACACUGAAACAGAAACUUCUGGCUAUAUUCUUAAAAUGGCUGAAUUUGGAAGUCUUGAGUUCUAGACAGUCUACGAGGGAAGAAACAGACCUCAGACUCUUGAGAGAACAAUCACUAACCUUGUCACAGGAGGUAUAUAUAUCUUCAAGCUUAUUGCAUUGAAUUUCAAUGGCUAAUCACUAGAAAGCGAUGAAUUCCCUUUCAAUUCUUGCAAUGCCCCAUAAAAUUUUGAUGCACCUUAGAGAUUGGCUUCUACUGCGACCAAUAUUACUGUUGGAUGGCACAAACCAGCUGAUGAUGGAGGAUGCCCAGUACUAGGAUAUGCAGUUUACAGAGACGAUGGAAAUGGAGGGACAGUUACCAAAGAAGUAAAUUUAGAUUCAGAUCCUGCAGUUAGACUCAUUCCUACUAUGAGAUCGUUAGUUGUCACUAAUUUUGUUGGUUCAACUGGGCUUCGAUUUAGAUUUAUGAUUAGAGUUUUCAACAGAGAAGGUUCAACUGAUUCAAACUUUGGAUCAAUCAUAUUGGCGGGAGCUCCAAUAACUCCUUCACUUCCUCCUCAACUAAUCAAAGAAUUGACAGAUGAUACAUAGAUAACAGUAACAUUGCCUCUAAUAGAUGAUGCCAACAAUGGAAACAGUGCUAUCAUUUCUUAUGAACUUUAAAUAGAUGAUGGAGAAGGCGGUCCAUAUACUUCUGUUGGAGGAUUUAGCCCUUCAUCACUUAUUACUUAGUACACAAUCAAUUCAUAAUAGAGUGACUUAAUUGACAUUAUAAGAGGCAGGACUUAUAGACUUAUAUACAGAACAUAAAAUGGAGCAGGAUGGAGCAAUUUCUCUGAAUCUUUAUAUGCAUUGGCAGCAACUUAUCCAUCUGCACCUCCAGCUCCAACACUAAUGAGUGCUACAAAUGAAUCGAUUCAAUUAUAGUUCUAUCAAUCCCCUGAUAAUGGAGGAAGCAAAAUCCUUGUGUAUGAAUUGCACAUCGAUAAUGGUACCCUUGGAUCAACAUUCGAUAAAGUCACAACUUAUGAUGGUACCUCGACGACACAUACUCUAACAUUUCUAGAUAAUGGAAUAGCCUCAGGGACAAUAUACACCUUUAAGUAUAGAUCAAAAAAUAUCAUUGAUUACUCGUAGUUCUCAGAAGAAGUUAGAUAUGCCGCAGCAUCUCCUCCAUCUAAGCCAAAUAAACCUAGUAAGGAUCUAUCUUAGUCAUCAAAAGAAGCAAUUACAGUAUUAUGGUAAUAAUCAGCAAAUACAUAGGUUCCUAUUUAGGGAUAUAAACUUUAUAUGAGCAAUGGAACAGGUGUCUAUUUCUUGAAAUACAAUGGAGAACUUAAUCCACUCUAGAGAUCAUUCUCAGUCAGUCCACUUUUAACUGGAUAUCAAUAUCAAUUCAAAGUUUCAGCAGUGAAUUUCAAUGGAGAAUCUGUACUUAGUGAUACUCUAACAGUAUAUUCCUGUAUUGCUCCGAGCUAACCGAAAUUGCCUGUUAGAACAGGAGGUACUUCCACAACUUUGACUUUAAGUUGGACUGCUCCUUCUGAUGACGGAGGUUGCCCCAUUACAGGCUAUAGACUAUUUAGAGAUAUAGGGAACAAUGGAGCAAUAUCGACAGAAGUUGAUGCCUCAAGCAUUAAUUCAAAACCUUUCCUGAAUAGAUAUACUAUUACAUUCCCAUCAACAGAUAAGGGCAAAGUUUUUAGAUUCUAACUAGAAGUGGACAAUAUCGAAUAUUCAUCACUUUCUAAUAUUGCUGCAUUCAUUAUUGCAGAUAUUCCAAGUAAGCCUUUUAGUUCACCUUAAGUUAAUCGAGAUGAAUCUGAUGGAACUAAAUUGAAGCUGACCAUUCUUGAACUGAAUAGCACUUACAAUGGGGGAACUGAAAUUAUUGGAUACUAAAUUCAGAUCGAUGAUGGAAACAACGGUUUAUUUAAAACUGUGCUAGGUUAAAGUGAAAAUACUCUUGACACCGAAGUCAUAGUCUCAGAUGGAAUAAUAAAAGGAAAAAUAUAUAGAGCUAAAUAUAGAGCAAUUAACUCCAUUGGAAGUGGGCCAUGGAGUGAUGUAUCAUAUAUAUCAGCAUCUACUGUCCCAUUGGCGCCUCCAAGACCAGAGGUGUAAUCUGUUGAUGAAACUCAGGUUAAAUUAAAUCUUCGCGAAACUGUUGAUGAUGGAGGUAGUAGUAUAUCGAGAUACAUACUCUAUGUUAAUUAAGGCUCAGAUGGAUCUAAUUUCUUUAAGGUAACCACUUAUGAUGGAAGUAGUUUGACAAUGACUAUAAGUGUUGGUAAUGUUUUCUCUACUAAUACUAUACAAACUGGAUUGAUAUACACUUUUAAAUAUGUAGCAGAGAACUCAGUGGGCGUAAGCGAGGAUUCUAAUCAACUUUAAGUUGCAAUUGCUAGAAAGCCAAACACACCUGCAUAACCUACUUUUGAUCCAUUAAGAUCUAAUAGAACUUCAAUAACAAUUUAAUGGUUAUUAGGAACUUCAGUUGAUACUCCAGUCACAGGAUAUAGAUUGUAUUCAGAUUUAGGUAAAAAUGGAGACUACUUUUUGAUCUAUGAUGGAGAUGGUAAUAUUAACAAACUUAGUUACACUCAUUCAAAUCUAACAUCAGGUUCGCUAUACACUUACAAAGUAGAGGUCUUAAAUUUUAAUGGUCCUUCAUCUUUAUCAGCAUCUAAUUCAAGAUCAGCUUGUGAUGUCCCCUCUAAUUUUAAGAGCAUUAAUCUAAGAAGUACAAAUGAUACUGAUAUAGUAGUUGGAUGGAGAUAGCCACUAGAUGAUGGAGGAUGUACAAUACAAUCCUAUCAAGUCUCUAUAGAUGAUGGAUAGAAUGGAAAUUUCAAUCUUCUAUCAUCUACUAUAGGCCCAUCAACAUUUAGAUAUACCAUUUCAAUAGCACUGACACUAGGUUAUAGAUACAGAAUUUAAGUUUCAGCUAAAAACGAUGUAGGAUCAGUAAUCGGCAAUGUGAUUACAGCUGUAGCAGCAAAUAUUCCAAGCACACCUAGUGCAGCUCCUAAUUAUAAUAAAGAUGAAACCAAUAGCACUUAAAUAAGAGUGAAAUACAAUGUAGUAGCAUAAAAUGGAGGAACUCCUAUUAUUUCAUACCAUCUUCAAAGGACUUCAGCAGAUGGCACAGGUUUCUUUGAUGUUAUUGGAAGCUACUAAAACCUUUCACUAGCAAAUGAAUUUACCGUAACUGGGUUGGAAUUUGGAAAGGUUUACAGAUUUAGAUACAGAGCAAUCAAUGCAGUUGGUGAAUCAUAAUGGAGUCCAAUAGGAUAUUUGAUUCCAGCUUCUGUUCCAAAUAGACCUGGUGCUCCAUAAUAUGAUAGUUCAACAAACAAUGAGAUCAAGUUGGACUUAUUCAGAAGUGAGAAUGACGGAGGUUCUGAAAUAACAAAUUAUGAGUUGUGGAUUGAUUAGGGUUCUCUUAGCUCAACUUUUUCUAAGCUUUCAACCUACGUUUUUGCCACUCAUGGCUUUUCAUUUACUGUAGAUAAAACAGCGAAUUUAUUAACUCAAGGAUUAAAGUAUAGAUUCUAUUACAGAGCUUAAAAUUUCAUGGGCUUUUCUGAGGAGAGUGAUACUGUAAGAAUUGGACUAGGACCUCUCCCAUCAAAACCAGGAAGCCCAACUAGAGCAUCAGUUGGUAACUCAGACUCUUCAAUAGGAAUCACAUGGAUAGGUCUUACUUCUUAAACAUUAGAAGUAUAGAACUAUAACUUAUACAUGGAUGAUGGCAAUGGAGUAUUAUUUACUCUAGUGUAUUAAGGAGUGCUUACUUCUACUGUGAUAUACAACCUUACUGCUGGGAUAGAAUACUCAUUCAAAGUAUCUGCUGUAAACUUUAAUGGUGAGGGAUUAUAGAGUGAUAUAGCAAAGAUUAAGAGCUGUAUUGCCCCUUCCCUAGUAAGAGCUCCUUAAUUGAUAGAAUCUACUGCAACUACUGUAACUCUAAGAUGGACUUAGCCUUUAUAAACAGGAGGAUGUCCAGUAAAAUCUUAUGCUGUGUUUAGAGAUGAUGGAGAUGAUGGUGGUUUUACAGAGAACAUGGAUGAAGCUAAUGUCAAAGAUAGACCAUAUCUUUUUGAACAUCCUUUUACUCUACCAGGAGCACUGACAGGGUUGCCAGUGAGAUUCAAACUUAGAGCAACUAAUGAGAUAGGCUCAACAUUUAGUUAUGACUUCUUGACAGCAAUAUUAGCUGGUAUUCCUCCAGAUCCACUAACAGGACCUUAAGAUGAUCCCACAGUAACCUCUUCAAGUGUAAUCAAAAUCACAAUUCCUAUUGCUGCUGAUGAUGGGGGAUCUACCAUAAUCUCAUACAAUCUUUUAAUGGAUGAUGGUCGUAAUGGAGAAUUUAUUUCAAUUUCUGGAGGAAAUGAUUUAGUUCCUAACAUGCAGAGAAUUUUUACACUUACCAAUGGAAUUUAUAAAGGUCUUACUUACAGAUUCAAGCAUAGAGUAAGAAAUUAGAUUGGAUGGUCGGAUUUCUCACCAGUUACUUAUAUACUCGCCGCUUCUCCACCAUCAAAACCAGGAACACCUAUAUAUGAUACAAGUUCAAGUUCAUCAAUCAAACUUAAAUUUUCUGAGCCAUUAGACAAUGGAGGAUCAUUAAUAACUUCCUAUGUCUUAGAGAUCAAUGAUGGAGCAGGAUAUGACCCUGUAUCAACAUAUACCUCAAACUUAAUGAGUCAUACAAUGACUACUCUUGCUGAUGGGCUUGUUGCUGGUAAAAAGUAUUACUUCAGAAUGAAAGCUAUCAAUAUAAAGGGUCCAUCAGAGUACUCAAAUGAGAUAGUUGUUGCUUGUGAUUCACUACCAAAUGCGCCAGCUGCAAUUUCCAAAUUAUUGACUAAGAGUACGAUCACAUCAAUAUUCCUUCAAUGGACUCAAGUGGCUGAUACUUAUAUACCAGUCAGUGGAUACAAACUAUUUAUGGAUGAAGGCAAUAAUGGAAAUUACAAACUUAUUUACAAUGGUUAAGGAUAUCCAGGAGUACUUACUUACAAUGCAGUAGGACUUUAGUCAGGAUAAUCAUAUAGAUUCAUAGUAAGAGCAAUUAAUUUCAAUGGAGAAAGUGAAGACUCCACUGAAUAUGUUUUCUUUAGUUGCUUACCACCCUCUGAUCUCGAUCCACCUCAAUAUGUAACAUCAACUGAAACUGAAUUUACAAUCAAAUGGAAUCCCCCUCAUUAGCUAAAUGGCUGUCCAUUAAGUAAGUUCAAGCUUUAUAGGGAUCUUGGCACUACUAUCUCAACAAUUACCAAUCUUGUAGAUGAAUAUGAACCAUAGAUCUAUUAAGAUGAAGUAACUCUCUCAUCAUCAGAUAAAACAAAGCCAUUUAGAUUCAUUAUAGAAGCUUUUAACAGCGCUGGAUCUAUUCAAUCUGGGAUCGCCACUUAUAUCCUAGCCUAAGUACCUGAUUAACCAGCAGCUCCCACUAAUGAUCCUACAGUCACGAAUGAUUCCAGAAUCAAAGUCUUAUUUGGAACAGUACUUCCUGACAAUAGAGGAUCAAGCAUCAUUGGAAUAUAACUAUAAGUAGAUGAUGGUCUUGGAGGUUAAUUUACAACUAUAGUUGGUGCUUAGGUUGAUACACUAUAAACCUCUUUAACUCUAAAUGAGAAUAUUGUAAAAGGAAGAACAUAUAGAUUCUAAUAUAGAUGCAAAAACAUCAAUGGGUGGAGUGAAUGGUCUGACAUAACAUACAUUCAAGCUGCUAUAUCUCCAACAUAACCAUUAGCUCCAACUCUUAUUGAGGCUACAUUAGAUUAAAUAGAAUUACAGUUUUACAAACCAAUUGAUAACGGAGGCAGUGAGAUUACUAAGUAUGAAUUGUACAUUAAUGAUGGCAAUAUUGCUAAUGAGCCUACUACAAAGUUAAGUGGCUAUACAAACAAUGGAAUGUCAUAUAUAGUCUAUAGAGUAGCCAAUUCUCUAUCUUCAGGCAAGAUUUAUAAGUUUGCAUUUGUCGCCUAUAAUGCUCUUGGAAAUUCUAUCAAGUCUCCAAUACCUAUGUUUGCCUUAGCGGAUCAACCAUAGCCUCCUGGCUAGCCUUCUUCUUUGACAUCAUUUACAAAUCAAUAUUAGAUUGGAGUUACCUGGGCUCUUGCAACUGAUACUUAAAGUCCUGGUGGAAAAAUAACUGGGUAUUAACUCUACAUGCUUGAUCCAGCCUAUGGACUUUACAAAAUGGUAUAUGAUGGAGCAAAUGGAUUCCCGAAUGUCAACAGCUUCAUCACUAGAAAUAAUAUUACAACUGGCAUACCAUACAGAUUUAAAGUUAGAGCAUCAUAUCAAAAUGGAUUUACAGAUUUUAGCAGUGAAAAAGUCAUCUACACUUGUGUGACUCCAUCUGAUCUGCCAGUUCCCAAGUUCGUGUCAGGAACAAGCACUUCAAUUACCAUGAGUUGGACUUAGCCAAGAUUGAAUGGAGGAUGCCCUAUUCUCGGAUUUGGCUUGCAUAUCAAUGAUGGAAAUGGUGGUACUACAUUUACAGAGAUAGAUUCAUCUGCAGUUAGAGGAAAACCUGAAUUCACAUAGCAUAUGACAACGACCUUCCCUCUAUCCAGUUUAGGCAAAACCUUCAAGUUUAAAAUAGAAGCUUACAAUGUUAUUGGCAGUGUCUUUAGUGACUCAGUAGGAUUCGUUCUAGCAGAUAAACCAGACGAUCCAACAGUAGCACCUUUCACAGACCCCUCAAUCACAAACAUUGAUAGAAUCAAGAUUGAUAUAACUCCUCUUACAGUAAAUGGUGGCACACCAAUUCUAAGUUAUUCUCUUGAGAUUGAUGAUGGAAUGGGUGGAGAACUAAAACCUGUCUAUGGAUAUGACACCAAUUCCUUGUCAACUUCUUAUACAUUUACAAAUGGAGUCAAGCGAAGUAUGGUAUUCAGAGCUAGGUACAGGGCAAGAAACGUGAUCGCAUGGACUGAAUACUCACCAAUAGGAUACAUCAAGGCUGCAAGAGUACCUGACGCCCCAGAGUAGCCAACAUUCAUAGAAGCAACCUCUACUACAAUGAAAAUAGCUUUAUGGACUAGCAAAGAUAAUGGAGGAGAUACAAUUACUAAGUAUGAAUUAUACAGAGAUGAUGGACUAAUGGGAGCGCCUACACUUGUAGCAGCAUAUUAAACAGCUUAGCAAUAUACUCUUGAUCAGAGUAUUAUCACUGCCUUAGUAACAGGAAGGAUCUACAGAUUUUUUACAAAAGCAUACAAUUUAAUCGGAAUAGGUUACUCUGAGGAAUCCCCUAUACUUUCAGUUGCAAUGACUAGUCUUCCAGAUUAAGCUAGCAUGCCAAAUAGAAUUGAUGCUCUAACUAAUACAACAUCAAUUGCAAUUGAAUGGACUCUAAAUACAGAUAGAGAUUUACCUGGAGGAGUCAUUAAGGGCUACAAAGUUUUUAUGGAUAAUGGAUUGAAUGGAGAUAUUGUUGAAAUAUUCUAUGGUCAAAAUGUAGCUACAUUUAGUCAAUACAUUGUCUACGGUUUAGUGCCCUCAAGACCCUAUAGAUUCAGAAUACAAGCAGAGAAUUUCAAUGGUUUUGGAGAUUUAUCAAACAUCUAAAUCAUUUAUACUUGUGUCAAGCCAUCACUGCUUUAAUCUCCAAGCUUUGUCGAAAGCACUUCAAUCUCAAUGACUUUGUCUUGGAUGGCACCAUUAAUAGAUGGAGGUUGCCCUAUAACAAGCUAUGCACUUUUCAAAGACGAUGGUCUCACUGGAAUCCCUUCCAUUGAAGUAAAUACUAAUAAUGAUCCUGAUGUGAGAGGUAUUCCAACACUUAGAGAAAAAAGCGUAGAUAUGGAUUCAGCAGAUCUUGGCAAGUAGUUCACUUUCGAACUUAGAGCAUAUAAUAGAGAGGGAUUUGUUUCAGCUAAACUAGUUUAAUUACUAUUUGCUACUAUUCCUCCAGCACCAGCUGCAGCACCCACUAUAGUACAAACUACAGCAAGUUCUAUUACUGUCUAAUACAUCACUGUGCUCAAUGGUGGUAGUCCUAUCAUUUCAUACCAAUUGUAGUAUGCUGAAGCAUUUGAUGGCUCUUGGAUAACUGUCAAUGGCUUUGAUAAUCUCUCUCUUAGAACUCUAUUUACAGUUGGAAAUCUAACCAAAGGAGUUCAAUACAAGUUUUAAUUCAGGGUUAGAAACUCUGUUGGAUGGAGUGAUUACUCUCCAGCUGUCUUGAGAGUUGCAGGAGAAGUUCCGAAAUAGCUUAAGCCAAUUAUUUACAGUUCAUCUUCUCCUACUAGUAUCACUGUUAAUCUAGACCCCAGUGUUGAUGAUGGAGGUUCACCAAUUAUCUCUUACACAAUAGAGAUGCUUAAAGAAUCAGAUGCCACUCCAGCAUUUGUUUCCCAAAAGGUAUUCACUGUAAUACCUUACACUCACACUUUUACAUCUGUUAAUGAUGGCCUGGUAGAUGGUGGAAUAUAUAGAUUUAGAUGGUAUGCAAAGAAUCAAUUUGGAGAUGGCCCAUACUCAAAUGAGUUGAGAUCAGCAGCUGUUAAUAAGUUCACUAAGUCGACACUAUUAAGCAAGAACUCAUAACUAAGUACUAGAACUAGCAUCAGUGCUUCAUGGCUAGGUGUGACAUAAGGAACUUUACCUGGAGGAGAUAUACUUGGUUAUGCAUUGACUGUUGAGGAUACCAUUACAGGUGUCGAGUGGGUUGCUUAUGAUGGAGUUGCUCAAUCUCUCCCAGACAAAACUUCAUUCACUGUCAACAACUUAGUCCACUCUAGAGAAUACAAAUUCUUUGUGACUGCUUACAAUCUUAAUGGCGCUGGAGAUAAAUCAGAUAACUAUUACUUCUACUCUUGCAUACCUCCAUAGAAAUUUGCAGCUCCUUAUAGGCAUUCUUCAACUUAAACAAGUAUUACAAUUUAAUGGACACCACCUAUUGAAGAUGGAGGCUGUGACAUUAUUGGUUAUGCAGUAUUCAUGAAUGAUGGAACAUUGUCAAAUACAUACUCAGAGGUUAACCUUGUCAACGAUACUAAUGUGAGGAAUCAACCAGGCUUAAAUCAAUUUUAAAUCACUGCAUUCACAUUAGGCUAAGCUGGUUCUAAUUUCAAGAUAUAUGUAAGAGUUUAUACCAAGGAGACUUCAUUUGAUUCAGAUGUAGCAACUAUUACAUUAGCGGAUGUACCUUUAAAGCCAUCACUUUCUCCCUCAAUAAUUCAAAGUUAAUCAACUGCAACCAAGCUUGUAAUUUCAUAUCCAGCUUUUCCUUCUACAUCUAAUGGAGGUUCAGUUAUUCUAUCUUAUAGUUUAGAGAUGGAUGAUGGAAAUGGUGGAGCAUUCAAUCCUCUUAUAGGACAUCUGUCAUAUUAAAUGGCAACUGAAAUGACUAUACAAUAAGGAGUACAAAGAGGAGUGACUUAUAGGUUCAGAUAUCGAGCAUUGAACAAAUAUGGAUGGGGUGCUUACUCAGACAUUAGCUAUAUUCUAGCAGCUUAAGUUCCAGCUAAACCUAAGAUUCCAAUCUUCAAAUCUGCAACUGACACUUCUAUAUCUAUUGAACUUGAUUUGAAUGUGAAUAAUGGUGGGACACCUAUAACUCUUUAUGACUUAGAAAUUGACGAUGGUACUUUGAAUGGACCAUUUUCUCCUGUUUCUGGCUACUUAUAAACUAGCCAGGUCACUAUUCAAAAAGUAGAUCAGGGCUUAACUACAGGAUUGAUUUACAAAAUUAGAUUCAGAGCAAAUAAUUUAAUAGGUGAAGGUGAAUAUUCUAAUACACUUUAAGUCUCAUUAAAUGAUAUCCCUGCUACUCCCCUAAUUCCAUCUAGAAGUGAGGAUGGUACUACUAAGACUUAAAUUGCAGUAAAAUGGACAGCAGUUGCUGAUGGAGCAGGAAUAGGUGGGGAGAUCACAGGAUAUAGGCUAUAUAUUGCAAAAGGCCUAACUGGAUCAUACUCUUUAGUUUAUGAUGGCAAUCAAUAUCCAGAGAUAACAAGCAAAAUCAUUACAGGAUUAUAAACUGGUGAAUAUUACAGAUUUAAGGUAUCAGCAUUAAACUUUAAUGGAGAAGGAGUACUCUCUCCUGAAUAUCCCACAUAUGCCUGUACUUCUCCUAUCAGCAUGAAUGCCCCAACAAGAGUUGACUCUACUUCCACCUCAUUCACAUUGAGUUGGUUUGCUCCAUAAGAUGAUGGUGGAUGUCCUGUCACAGGUUAUGCAAUAUUCAGAAACGAUGGAACAGAUGGAGGAGCUAUCACACAAGAGGUCAACUCAGAUGAUGACACCAACAUAAGAGAUAAGCCAACACUCUUCUAGAAGGAAAUAACUUACUACCCCUCAUCACCCACUGGUAAAAUCUUUCUCUAUCAAAUAGUCGCAUUCAACAAAGUAGGCUAAGUCAAAUCAAACACAGCUAGUUUUGUACUAGCCAGUAUUCCAACUAUCCCAUUAGUUGCUCCAAUAUAGGUAGCAGCAUCUGCAUUUUCCAUAAGUGUGCUACUCACAGAACUAUUAGGAAAUUCGUUAACAGGUGGAUCCCCCAUUUUGAGUUAUAAUUUGUAAAUGGAUGAUGGUCUUGGCAGAGAGAACUUCACAGACGUAUUUGGAGGAGAUUCAAAUGAUUAGAAGGUUACUUUGAUUAAAACUUAUACAGCUUACAACCUCACUCGAGGAUUAACUUAUGGAUUUAGAUACAGAGCUAAGAACAUCUAUGGUUGGUCUUCUGAUUGGUCACCAAUUAGGUAUAUACUUGCAGCUGACGUCCCUUCACAGCCUCCAGAACCGAUUCUUACAGCUGCUUCAGACUCUUCAAUGUCCCUUAAGUUCUAGACUUGCCUUGACAAUGGUGGAUCACAGAUUUUAGAGCAUGAACUUCAUAUGAACAAUGGUGUUGAUGGUGGUGCAUUCUCAAUAGUUUCUGCAUAUGUAACUACUUCUUAACUUAUGACCCACACUAUUGACAAGCUAAAUCUUCUGUCACUGACAACUGGAACAAUAUAUCAAAUCAAAUUCAGAUGCAAGAAUAUCAAAGGCUACUCAGAAUUCUCAGAGAUACUCUAUGCAUCACCUAAUGAUAAACCACUAAAGCCUACUGCUCCCUAAGUGAACUACACUUAUUCAAGCGAUGUUUAGCUAUUCGUGCAAUGGACUCUAGUUUCUGAUGGAAUAUCAAAUGGUGGAAAGAUCAAGGGCUACAAGUUGUAUGCUGAUGAUGGUUAUGGCGGAAUAUUCAGACCAGUCUAUAGUACAGUAAACGCUUCCCCCACCAUUAACAGCUAUUUGUUGACUGGGUUAACACCAGCACUUACUUAUAGAUUAAAGAAUGAAGCCUAUAACUUCAAUGGAGUUGGGGAUCAAUCUGAUAUUUCAUACUUCAAGCCUUGCCUAAUUCCUUCUCAAUGGUCUUAACCAAGUAAAGUAUCAACUACCACAGAAUCUAUCUUAGUCAGAUGGAAUGAACCAAGAUCCAAUGGAGGCUGUCCAAUCCAAGGUUAUGCAGUAUUUGUUGAUGAUGGCAAUAAUGGAGACUUUGUUGAAGCUAAUGUUGAUGAUGAUAUAUCAGUUAGGAAUCUUCCAUCACUCUAUUAGCUAAAUAUAACUAGAUUGAACUUAGCGAAUCAGGGUAAAGUAUUUAGGAUUAAAGUGAGAUCGUUCAAUGCUGCUGGCUUUACUGAAUCUCCACUCUUGGGAGUCACUCUAGCAUCACUACCACUAUAACCACCUAUCCCUACUAAAGUGCUCUUAGGCAGUUCAGCUUCUCAAAUAUCAAUUGACAUAAGUGCCUUCCCAUCUUUAUCAAAUGGUGGUUGCAACAUCUUAUCCUAUGAGAUUUAGAUGGAUGAUGGUUAAGGUGGCUACUUUGUUUCAAAGGCAGGUCUCUCCAGUCCUUAUCUCAUGCCAAUCUAUGUAGUCAAUACUGGAAUUCAAAGAGGCUUGACUUAUAGAUUCAGAUACAGAGCAAGAAACUGCUAAGGCUGGGGACCUUUCUCUAAUGAACUCUACGUCAAAGCUGCUCAAGUUCCUAUAGCUCCUCCUGCUCCAAAAGCUUACUCAGUUUCUUCAAUUACUAUAGUACUUACAUUAUAUCCAACUCUUGAUAACGGAGGAGCUGUAGUCACUGACUAUGAGCUUCACAGAAAUCUAGGCACUGAUGGUACAGCGUUCCAAAAGGUAUUAACAGCAAGCUACAACUACUUAACUAAUGGAUUUACUUCUACAAUAACAGUAGCAACAGAGGGCUUAACAGUUGGAAACUACUAUCAAUUCAAGUAUAGAGCAAUCAAUGAAAUUGGCGACUCAGAAUUCAGUGGUAUUUAAGUAGUGGGAGUCGCAAAUGUACCAUCUUAACCUGCUGCACCUUACCAAGUUUUCAACCAAAACUCAAGAACGUCAAUCACAAUUAAUUGGAAUGCAGGUACUAGCACUCUACCUCCUGCAGGAGUAAUCACUGGCUACUACUUUUAUAUGGAUGAUGGUCUAAGAGGAAACUUUAAAAUAAUUCAUAAUGGCAAAGGUUAAUAGUAUACCUUGACUGCAACAGCAAGUAAUCUAAUGACUGGAUAUCAAUAUAGAUUCUAUGUAAUUGCUGAGAAUUCAAUUGGGCUAAGUAUUGCCUCACCAAUUACACCAGUCUACUCAUGCGUGAGUCCUUCUGGCUUGCCCAGACCACUCUAAGGGGCUGUAACAUAAACUAGUGUAUAUCUCAACUGGGUUGAGCCAAGUGACGAUGGUGGAUGUCCUCUGAAAAGUUACUCUGUUUUGAGAUUUGAUGAUGUAGGAAAUAACUUUGUAGAAGUUCAUGCAGCAUAGAUAAAUAAUAAACCAUCAUUAAAUAGCUAUUCCAUCACUGAUUUGCCAGCAAAUCCUUUAGGUAAAGAAGUCAAAUUUAGAGUGACUGCUACUAACAUAGCUGGACACUCAGUGACUUCAAGCACUUUAUCAGUUACUAUAGCAUCACCACCUGAAACACCUUCAUCUUCACCAGUCUCUGAUUUAAGCUAAACUUCAAGUAACCUAAUUAGAAUCAUUUACUCAGAACCAUCUUCUGGUGGUUCUCCAAUAACUAACUAUGAAAUUCAAAUGGAUGAUGGAGUUGGAGGAGGCUUUUAUACUGUUGCCGGUGGAGAUAGCUCUUUGUAUUUGUUCACCUACUUUCAAGGUACUGCUCCCGUUCAGUCACCAAGCAGACUACUUGCAGUUUACGAAACUUAAAGUGCCUUCACAAGUGUGAAUAUAACUAGAGGUAUAACUUAUAGAUUCAAGUAUAGAGCAAGGAAUAUAAAUGGAUGGAGUGGGUGGAGUCCUGUCGCUAACAUCAGAGCAGCUUCUCCACCACAAAGCCCUGACAGGCCAUAACUCUAAAGUUCCAGUGCAACUUCUAUUACUAUAAUAAUAAAUCCUUCAAUUGAAAAUGGUGGAGCAAUCAUUACAGGCUAUGAAUUGUACUAUAGGCCUUUAGAAAGUCUCACAUAUGUCAAGGUAUCUGGAUUAUUCUCAGCAUUAUCAACUAAGACUCUUACAACUACUGAUGAUUCUAUACUAGCUGGUAAAACCUAUGCAUUUGCUACAAUAGCAGUUAAUGAAAUCGGCUCUUCAGAUUAUAGUGCAGAGACAUUCCUAUCAAUUACAAGUUUACCUUAAAAACCAAGCAAAUUGGUUAGAUCUGCAAGUUCAACCAGAACCCAAAUCACUUUAACAUGGUUAGUAGAACCAGACACAGAUUCUCCUAUCUCUGGAUACUCACUAGAAAUGGAUAGUUCAGGAGAGGGAACCUAUCAAGAGAUAUGGAACGGAAGAGGAAGACCAGAUGUCUUAGCCUAUACAUUAAGUGUAACUACAGGUCAAACCUACAACUUCAGACACAGAUCAUUCAAUUUCAACGGAGCUAGUGAGUAUUCAAAUGUCCUCACUACAAUCGCAUGUGUAAAUCCUACAGCUUCCUCAAAGCCUUAGUGGAUUACUAGUACAACCACAACUAUAACUUUUAUUUGGAGCGACCCUAUAGACGAUGGAGGCUGCUCAAUACUUGAAUAUUAAGUCUACAGAAAUGAUGGCAGCAGCAAUAUUAAUGAUAAUCAUGACAACCCAUUGAUAAAAAUACAUGAGAAUGAUUUGAGUUUGAAGCCAAAAGUAAAUGGAUUAAUUGUCUCAGAACUUCCAGGAGGAAGCUUAGGAAAGUACUUCUUAUUCAAAGUCAAAGUUAUAACCAAAUACUCAUUGGAUGGCAUUGAUAGUCCAAACUCAGAUCCAUUACUCUUGGCUGGAGUUCCAGCAAAACCAACAGCUGUACCAGCAAGAGGAGCCUCAACAAGUGACACAACAAUACAAGUAACUAUUCUUCCAGUUGCUACAACAAAUGGAGCUACCAUUAUAAGUUAUGAUAUUCAGAUUGACGAUGGACUGGGAGGAUCAUUCUCAGAGAUUCAAGGUUAAACAUCAAACUCUUUACUAUUAACUGGAACUAAAUCGAUUGGAAUAUAUGCUGGCAGAACAUAUAAGUUAAAAUACAGAGCAAAGAACGCAAUAGGUUUUGGACCAUAUUCAGAUUUUGGAUUUGUACUAGCUGCAAGAAAACCAGAUACACCUAUUCCUCCAACCAUUUCUAUAAUUGGAACUAAUGCUAAAGUUAUGUUCUAUCUUCCAUUCAAUGGAGGUUCAAAUAUUUUCAAGGCACAAAUAGUUAUCAAGACUCACGCUAAUAGCUUUAUUGAAGAUACCGCGAAUUGCGAUGCCUCAGAUGAUGUUAUAUUCCAAGCAAGAUAAUGUACAAUUCCACUAACUUACCUUAGAGGUGCAACUUGGGCCCUAGUCUAUGGGGACUUUAUCAGUUCAAAAGUCAUAUUUGAGAAUGAAAUUGGGCAAAGUUCACAAUCAGCAGAGACAAUAUUCCCGCCUAUAAUGCAAAAUGUACCCUUAGCACCUCUAGCUGGGCCAACUAGAGUAGAUGCAAUAACAUCUGGAACAACUAUGGGCGUUUAGUUUAUUCCAUUAUCCUAAACAUAAGCAAGAGGAGCUGACAUCUUAUCAUAUGAAUUAGAAAUGGAUGAUACGAAUGCUGGAGCUGGUCCAUUCAGUGAGGUUGGUGGAUACACUAUCUACUCUACUGUAACUCAAUACACUAUUCCAUUGUUACAAUCCGGCAAGAAGUAUUACUUCAGAUACAGAGCACUCAAUUAAUAAGGAUGGGGUGACUACUCUCCUGUUACUUUUAUUAUCAUGGCAGCAGUUCCAAGCAGGAUAAGUCCAGCUGCAGAAACAGAAAAUAUUGAUCCAAAUGUAAAGAUUACCUGGACUGCACCUGCAAGUAAUGGUGGAUCUAAUCUUAUUUCAUACAGAGUUAGAGUUAAGUCAUCAGCAGAUGGCAUUCUCUAUACUUAUCCAACUGGUUGUCCAGGAACUGAUGUUAAUAUUCUUACGUGUUCAAUCCCAAUGACAGUCUUAUUAGCUGCUCCAUUCAGCUUGAAUGAGGGAGAUAAAGUCAUAGCAGUAGUGGAAGCUCUCAAUGAAGUCAAUUACUCUCCAGGCUCACUGCCUAAUACUUUAGGUGCUGUGGCUAAGACUAUUCCUCAUGAUCCUUUGCUUCCUCCAACUAGAGGAUCAAAUACAAAUGAAGGCUAAGUUGAGGUAAUUAUUCCUGCUCAUUUAGCCACAGGAGGCUCAGACUUAACUUCAUAUGGUAUCGAGAUAGAUGAUGGCUCAGGAUUUUAGCCUUUAUCAGGAGUAUCAUCUGAUUCAUUAGAUCAAGUAAAGAUAUAUCAGCCCACAAGCAGUGGCCUAAUCUAUACAUUCAGGUAUAAGGUGAAGAAUAUAUUUGGUUGGAGCACUAACUACUCACCUUCACUAGGUAUAUUAUCUGCAACUGUUCCUACUUAGCCUCUUAAUGUUAAAACAGAAAAUUCUCUCAUUGAUGAUAAAGUUAAGAUUUCCUGGGAUGAACCAGCUAAUCCAGGCGGAACUGGAGUGACAAUAACUGAAUAUAAAAUCUUAAUUUAGAAGCUUAAUCUAGACUGGGCUGAGUAUAAAGCAUAAUGUGAUGGAGCCAAUACAGCUAUUAGGGAUGCUAGAAGUUGCUCUAUAAGUAUGUCUGUAUUCAUUGGCUCAACUUAUAACUUAGAACAAGGAGAUAGUAUAGUUGCCAAAGUUUAAGCUAAAAACCCUGUAGGAUGGAGUGGUGAAUCUAUAGAAAGUUAAAUUACUGCAGACAUAAGGGUAGUACCAAAGUAACCUCCAACAACACCAACACGAGAUGCUACUUCAUCCCAUCUUUAACUUGUUGUAAACUGGGCUGCUCUUAGCGAUCCAAUUAAUGGAGGCUCAGAUAUAAUUUCUUAUCACUUGCAAUACGAUGACGCCUCAAAUGGAGCCACAUGGUCCACACUAAUUGGUAAUAGCACUGAUUCUCUUGAUACUACAUUCACAGUAGUGGAUUCGAUUUAAAUAGGUUCAAUCUAUAAGUUUAAAUAUAGGGCUAAAAACAUUUUCGGAUGGGGACCCUUCUCAAAUGAACUUAACCUCUAUGCUGCCAAAGUGCCUGAGACUAUUGCUACAGUAGUUACAUCAAAUGAAGGAACUAAUAUUAGAAUUCAAUGGGAACCACCUUCCUAUAACGGAGGUCUGCCAAUCAUAUCAUACAAAGUUAUGAUUUAGAAAUAGACUACAACUUAGUUUGCAGAAUCACUCACUUAUUGUAAUGGAGCAGAUCCUACUACAAAAGCUAAUCACUACUGCAUAAUCCCGAUGUCAGCUUUGGUAUCAGGGUCAUAUACUUUACCUUUAGGAAGAAUAGUUAAAGCAACAGUUGAAGCCUUAAACUUAGUGGGCUCUAGCAUUCCUUCAGAAAUAAAUUCAGUUGGUGGUGAUGUAAGGACUGAGCCUCGAUCACCUCUUAUUCCUCCAUUGAGAAACAAUGCAGGCACAACAGAUACAAAAAUUCAAGUUGAUUUCUCAAUUCCUGUCUACCCAGAAAACGGUGGUUCACCCAUCAUUUCUCUUAACUUGCAAUGGGAUGGUGGAGUUGGAGUCUGGACAAGUUUAAUAGGAGAAGUAUACAAUAGCUUAGUUACUACAUUUACAGUAACAGGACUAUCUGCAGGCUAAACUUAUAAAUUCCAGUAUCGAGCUCGCAAUGCCUUUGGCUGGGGAACUUUCUCUGGUGAGUCUACAGUUACUGCGGCUACUGCUCCAUCUCAAAUGAAUGCUCCAACUACAGCAAUCGAAGUCAAUAAUGUACUAAUAUCUUGGACACUGCCUGAUAUCAAAGGUUCAUCGAUACAAUACUACUCAAUCUAAAUUGCAGAUUCAACAGGCACAUUUUUACCUCAAGGAUUAGGAAGUACAUGUGAUGGAACAUUGACCGCUGUUAAAACUUCAAGGCAAUGCAGAAUGACUUUAUUAUCACUUCAAGCUAGUCCCUUUGAUCUUUCAUUGGGAAAUCUUAUUAGGGUUAAGAUCUAAGCUACAAAUGCAUUUGGAACUAGUAUCAUUUCAGAUGUCAAUACAGUAGGUGCACUUGUGGAAACAGUCCCUAACAAGCCUACAAUAGCACCAAUUAGAGGAUUGAAUACUGGAGAAACCUAAGUUGAACUUAUAAUAACACCUUUAACUGGAACAAAUACUGGAGGAAGUGCAAUCACUUCAUACGUUAUUCUUUGGGAUUAAGGUCUUGGAGGAGCUUUGAGUAUUUUGAAGGGUGAUACUGUUCCCAAUUUAGAUACUACUAUACUUUUCACCACAGGCAUUCAAAGUGGCAUUACUUAUAAUUUCGCUUACUAUGCUAGAAAUAUUCAUGGAAAUGGUUGGGAUGGUGUAUCAGUACUUCCCUAAGUUUAAAUUCUAGCUGCUACUAAACCAAUCUAAACUAAUGCACCGAAUGUUGCUUAUACUUUUCUCGCUUAUAGGGUAUCAUUCACAUAACCAACUAACACUGGAGGUAACGGAGUUGCUAUUUAAGGAUAUGAAAUUCUAUUCAGGAAGAAAGAUCUAACAUAUGAGGCAAUUACUAGUGAAUGCGAUGGAGCAAGCAAUGCAGUGAAAUCAGCUCAUUAUUGUGAUAUCAGUUUGACUACUCUAACCUCAAGCCCUUUUAGUUUAGUGCAAGGCGAUUAAGUUAUCGUCAAGAUCAGGUCAUAUAAUAGUCUCGACUACUCUAUCUACUCUAAUCCAAGUUCAAGUUCAACCUAUAUUGUAGCAAAGCCAUAGAAGCCUGCUACUCCACCGGUGAGAAAUGGCUUGCUAAGCUCUAAAACAUCUAUAAAGAUUGACAUGCCUGUCGUUACUGGAUUCAAUACUGGAGGACUAACAAUCACAUCGUACAAGUUAGAAUGGAAUGGAGGAGGAUCAGGAACAACAUUCACACCUUUGCAAGGAGAUAGUCCUCUAUCUACUCUAACAACUCUACUUAAGAGCUCUCUCACUACAGGCCAAUUGUACAAGUUCAGAUAUUCAGUCCUAAAUGAUGUCGACUGGAGCGAUGUCUCAGAUAUACUUGUUACUUAUGCAGCAGUUGAGCCUGAGUAGAUAGGAGCACCUCAAACUCAGAUCAUUGAUUAAUCUGUAAAGAUUUCCUGGAUUAAUUUAGAUAAUGGAGGAGUUGCAAUCACUACUUACAAGAUCACCAUCAAAGCAUGGAAUGGAACUUUUUAUGAAAGCCCUAAUUGCUUAGGUACCAAUCCAACUAUAGUUUCACAAAAAUUCUGUUUAGUACAGUUAAGUGAGUUGCAAACAGCUCCUUACUUAUUAUCAUAAGGUAAUCUAGUCUAAUCAAAGAUCAUUGCUUAUAACUAUAUUGGAGCAUCAACAAUAUCAGUAGAGAAUUCAAUAGGGGCACUAGUUGAAAAAGUUCCUUCGAAACCUCCAGUUGCUCCUUAUAAGAACUCAGCCACUACUCAAACUAAGAUAGUAGUGGACAUUACAGCUUUAAGUGGCACAGCUACUGGUGGUUCAGACAUUUUAUCUUAUUAGAUCUAGUGGGAUUCUGGUACGAAUUCAUCAACUCUGACAUGGUCCACUCUUGUUGGUCUUAGUCCUUAUAACACAGAUCUAUCUAUCUAGGUAACAGUUAACAUUAUUCAAGGAUAGAGCUACCUAUUUAGAUAUAGAGCACUCAAUAGGUAGGGAUGGGGAGAAUACUCUGAUAAUACAGCUAUCAUAGCUGCGUAAGUGCCAUCUUAAAUGCAGCCAGUAACUACUUCUAUGAAUGGUAAAACACUGAGGAUUACAUGGAUACCUCCAAACAAUGGAGCAGCUGCAAUCUCUGCCUAUAAGAUAUUCAUCUAACAAUCUAAUGGAGUUACAAUCUCUGAAUAGCUAUUCUACUGUGAUGGAUCGAAUUUCGUAGCAAUUGCAAAUUCAUUCUGUGAGAUACCGAUGAACAUUCUCACUUCUAGUCCUUACAAUCUUGCAUAAGGAACUCUAAUCAAAGCAACAGUCUAUGCUAUUAACUUAGUUGGAAGCGGAACUCCUUCAUCAUUCAACUCUUAAGGAGAGUUAGCUUAAGUUCCUCCACUUAAGCCUCCUAGUUCUCCAACAAGAAAUUCAGGAACUACUCAAACAAGUUUAAUGACUGACUAUGCAAUGCUUACUGGAAUAUAUACUGGAGGAAGCACAAUUCUCUCAUUGAAUCUGUAAUGGGAUUCAGGGACUAGUGGAGCUACUUGGACAACUUUGAUAGGUUUCAGUCCUUAUUCAACUACUUCAAUUUACACAGUAAUGGGAUCCUAGAUAGUUUCUGGGAGGACAUACAAGUUUAGAUAUAGAGCAUACAACAUUCAUGGCUGGGGUGAUUACUCAGACUCAGUCGAUAUAGUAGCAGCAUAAGUACCUGGCUAACUUCAGCCGGUAGUCAUUACUUAGAUUGGUACAUCAAUUAGAAUAUCAUGGAUCCCUUCAAAUGAAAACGGGUCACCCAUCUCAUAUUAUAUGAUAUAAUUCCUACAAUCAGAUGGAGUAUUCAAAGAGACAACUACAUAUUGUGAUGGAACUGACUAAAAUGUCGUCUUGAAUAAUUAUUGUCUUAUUCCUAUGAGUGUAUUCCUUGCUCCAACUUAUAAUUUAGCAUAAGGCGCUCUUAUUACUGCAAGAGUUUAUGCAUUCAAUAGUAUUGGAAGUAGUAUAGUUUCUCAUUAAAACACUCAGGGAAUCUUAGUAUAGACCAUCCCUUAGAAGCCAGACGAUAUGACAAUUGAUGUUGAUAACACCUUUGAGUAACAAAUCACUGUACUCAUGAAAUAAGUUUCUGAUUAAACUAAAACUGGAGGAUCUCCAAUCAUAUCAUAUUCACUUGAGUGGGAUAGUGGAACAUCUGGUUCUACUUACUCAGUCUUAAUAGGAGAUUCUACCAACAACAUAGUUCUUACUUAUACUUAACUUUACCUAACUGCAGGAUCGAUCUAUAACUUCAGAUAUAGAGUAAGGAACAUUUUUGGCUGGGGACCUUAUUCAAGCGUACUCUAAGCUAUUGCAGCUAAAAUUCCUGAUAGACCAGCUCUUCCUGCAACUUAUAAUGUAGGCACUAGUGUCAGAAUUCAAUGGACUGCUCCUUACAAUGGAGGAACUGCUAUCACAGGUUACAAUGUAUAGAUACUGGCUAAGGAUGGAACAACUUAUAAGGAAGAACUAAGCUACUGUAAUGCUAGAACGGACACAACUAUCAUUAACAAUCAAUAUUGCGUUAUACCAAUCUCAGUACUUCAGCUAUCUCCCUAUCAAUUGAUUUAAGGAGAUUACAUAAAAGCAAGAGUACUUGCUCAAAACCUCAUUGGUGAUUCAUAGUAUUCUUAGGUUAAUAGUAUAGGAGCGCAGAUUUAAACUAUUCCUCUUAAGCCAAUUCUUGCUCCAUACAGAGGACCUCUUACUACUACUAGUUAGAUCUAAGUGAUUAUUGCUCCUUUAACAUCUACAUUGACAGGUGGAUCUACUAUUACCUCAUACUUGAUAGAAUAUGAUGGCGCUUCAAAUGGAGUAACAUGGUAUGAGCUUUAAGGAUUCACAACUUAGAGUACAUUAACAGCAGCUCUAGUUUAGAACUUACUUAUCUCUAAGUAAUACUAGUUCAGAUACAGAGCUAAGAGCGUAUUUGGGUGGGGACCUGUGUCUGAAAUUGGUAUAAUAGAAACUAUAAUGGUUCCAUCUUAAGUUUUAACACCAGUGGUUGAUUUGGUAGGCACGAAUGUUAGAGUCAAAUGGGCAGUCCCAGAUAUCAAUGGAGCUGAUCUCACAGCUUAUUAACUUGUCCUUAGAGGGGCUGAUAAUAAUUUCUACUCAAACAGCUAUUGUGAUGGAACAGUUCAGCAAGUCAUUGAUGACCACGAAUGCUUUAUACCUAUGGAAUCAUUAUGGAUAUCACCUUUCUUCUUGACCUAAGGUACACUCAUACAAGUAAAAGUUAGAGCAGUCAAUAAACAAGGAGAGGGACUUCAGAGCAAUCAGAAUACUGAAGGAGCGAAAAUUGAAGUUAAGCCACUUCCUCCGACAACUGGACCACUUAGAAAUGAAGCAGGAUCUACCAAUACCAAGAUAUCAGUUGAGAUGCCUUAAAUCACAGGGACUCCCAAUGGUGGCUCAGAUAUAAUUUCAUAUGCUUUGUAUUGGAAUGGUGGCUCUGGCACAACGUUCACUGAAAUACUCGGUUUUACAGCUAAUAAUCUCGACAGAUUUGCUUACAAAGAUUCUUUAACCAACGGAGGUUCAUACGACUUCUACUACAGAGUUAAAAAUAUAUAUGGAUGGUCUUCAGAAUCACCUAAAGUUACCAUCUUCUCAGCUAAGGCUCCAGAUGCUCCAUUAGCUCCAAUUACUUCUAUUGUUGAUUCAAAAGUAGUUAUUGACUGGAGUGAGCCUGCUAAUAACGGUAAACCUAUCACAUCAUAUCUCGUUGAAAUACAAAGAAAAGAUGGAACUACUUGGACAGCUGAUUCAACAGAUUGUGAUGGAAGUAAUUCAAUCAUAAGAGACGACACAUUGUGUGAGAUUCCUCUUACCUCACUAAGAAACUCACCAUUCUUACUUCUAUCAGGAGAUCCAAUAAAAGUCAGAGUCUCUGCAUCAAACAUUAUAGGAUUCGGAGCUACUUCUCCAGUUAAUGUGGUACAAACAAGUCUUCAAACAGAACCGAGUUAGCCCUAAGCUCCUACAAGAGGUCUACUUACAAAUACUAACUAGAUUUAAAUUCAAUGGGCUGCAUUGGCAACUACACUUGAGACUGGAGGCUCAGCUAUAACAUCCUAUCAUUUAUAGUGGGAUAAAAAUACUAAUUAAGGUAACUGGUAUGAUCUGGUAGGACUUACAAAUCCAUUCACAGGCAUUGAACAUACAUAGUCAGUAAAUGUUGUAUCUGGAGCUAGAUAUUAUUUCAAAAUAUUGGCAGCAACGAUUCCAGCUUAAGUCUAAAUUCCUGAAGUAACUGAAAAUGCAGAUUAAACAGUAAGGAUAAGAUGGAAUCCUCCAAAUCCAAAUGGAAGUCCUGUUUCAAAAUACAGAGUAGAAAUACUUUCUUUUGACCUUACUAACUACUAUAUAACCUCGAGUUGCAAUGGGUAAGAUGCCACUAUAGUAGCAAAUCAUUACUGCGACAUUCCAAUGUCAACAUUAAAAGCACUUCCAUUCCUUUUAGAGUAAGGAAAUUAAAUUGUGGCAAAGGUGAAAGCUUAUAAUGAGAUUGGUGAAGGUCCUUUUUCUGAUCCAAAUUUAGUAGGAGCAUUGUUUGCUUCAGUACCUCUUAAGCCAACUCAAACUCCUGUACUUAUUACAUAGUCUCCUACUUCAAUUACUGUAUCAAUGCCCGAGAUAUCAGGUUUGUUAACUGGAGGAUCAGCUAUUCUUUCUUAUAAUUUACAGUUUAAAGAUAGUCUUUCAACAUAGUAUAUCACUCUCACAGGUGAGGCACCUGAUAACAUGAUCUUAAUCUACACAAGAAAUGGUCUCACAUCUAACAGAAUUUACUAAUUUAAAUAUAGAGGGAGGAAUAAGUAUGGAUGGGGAGACUUUUCUGAACCUAUUUCAAUCAGGGCCGCUUAAGUCCCAUCAAUCAUUUCUACUCCAAGUUUCACUAUAGUCGAUGACAUAAAUGUUAGAAUAGACUGGAUUGCUCCUUAUAAUGGUGCAGAUACUAUUACCUCAUAUAUCAUUCAAAUAAUGAAGAAAGAUGGAUCAUUUGCAUAGGAGUUAUCUUAUUGUGAUGGAUAAGCUCCAGCCAUAGUAGCACUAACUUAAUGUGACAUCCCAUUAACUGUUCUAAGAAAUCCUUUAACAUUCAAUCUUUAGAAGGAUGAUUUAAUAGUUGUUAAGAUUGCAGCAAUUAAUAGCAUAGGAACUGGGCCUUAUUCAACUCCAAACACUGCAGGACAGCAGAUUCAAACUGAACCAGAUACUCCCACUGUAGCACCAAGCGUUACCUCAUAUUCAGAAUCACAAGCUACUUUAGUUAUGACUGCUGUAGGCAUAAAUAUUCUCUACUUUGACUUAGCCUGGGAUCAAGGUACAAAUGGAGUUUCCUAUGCUUCAUACACUGUAACAGCUUUGAAUACAGUCACGGUUACUGGAUUAACUAGUGGUUAAACAUAUAAAUUUAAGUUUAGAAAUCAGAAUGUAUUCGGAUGGGGUGCAUACUCUCCUGUAGUAACAAUUCAAGCAUUCAAUGUACCUUCCUAAGUUACAUAGAUUACUACUUAAAAUAAUGGAGUAAAUGUUAGAGUAUCCUGGGUAUUGCCAUAUAGUGGUGGAUUAGGAGUAUUAAUAACAGCAUAUAGUGUACUUAUUUAGAAGAAAGAUGGAUCAUUUGUUGAAUCUCUGGCAACAUGCAAUGGGUUGCUUCCUACCAUUAUCGAUAAUAGAUAUUGUGAUAUUCCAAUGUCAACUCUUACAACUACAUUUGGAUUACUACAAGGUGAUACAAUUAUUGCAAAAGUAGCUGCCUCUAAUAGUAAAGGAUAAUCAACUUACUCUAAUCCUAACACAUUAGGUGCAGUAGCUUAAGUUGUACCUCAUGCUCCACUUAAUGCUCCUACAGAAGGAGAUCAGACUAAUGAGUAGUAGAUUGAUGUUAGAUGGAAUUUCAUAACUGAUUUGUUCUAGGCAGGAGGAAUAUAGGUAACAAGCUAUGAGUUAUAGAAAGAUGAUGGAUCUGGUGGUGAUUUCACAGAAGUAGUUGGAUUCACAUCACCUUACACAUUGAAUUCUCUACUAGUAACAUCAGCCAUUACAAAUGGAGCUACUUACAGAUUUAAAUACAGAGCAGCCAAUAUUCAUGGCUUUGGUGAUUUCUCACCAAUUGCAACUAUUUAAGCAUCAACUGUCCCAAAUGCACCUGGGUAGCCUACAACAAGUCUUUCAGAUGAUUAGGUUUUAAUAUCUUGGACUAAACCCACAUUCACUGGUGGAAAUGGAAUUGCUUUAACUGGCUACGUUGUGUAGAUCAUGAAUUCAACUGGAUUCUAUAAUGAUGCAACAGCUUGUAUAGGUGCAUCACUCUCAGCUACUAAUGUUCAAUGCACAAUACCAAUGAUCAACAUGGUUUUAUCGCCAUUUUAUCUUUCUUACAAUCAAUAAAUCAAAGCAAAAGUAGCAGCAGUCAACUCAAAUGGUUAAGGUCCUCAAUCCAUUUCAAGCACUACAAAUCAGCUGGUCAUUACUUCUCCUUUAAAACCCUUAUCAUCUCCUUAAAGAGGAUCGUAAUCAACUUCAUCAUAAAUUGAAGUAACUUGGGCUGUUCUAUUACCUCCUAAAGAUGGUGGAAGCACAAUUACUUCUUAUCAACUAGUCUGGAAUAGUGGAUCAGGUUCAACAUUCUCAGAAGUAGUAGGAUUCACUACAGCAUAUACAGCACUAAGCAAGAUUAUAACCACUGUCACUUCAGGACUCUCAUAUUAAUUUAAGUAUAGCGCCAAGAAUGUGAUUGGUUGGGGACCUUUCAGUGAUAUCAUAACAAUCAAAGCAGCAAAAGAACCAGAGCAAAUGAGUGAGGUCACUACAAUCAUUGAAAAUCAAUAUGUCAAGUUUUCUUGGAGUUAUCCUACUGAUAAUUAUGAUGCAGUUACAGCAUAUGAUCUCUAGAUCAAGCAGAAUAAUCUAGUUGAAACAUUCUCUAGCCAAACUAUAUAUUGUGAUGGUUCUCUCGUUGCUAUAGUCACAAAUAGAUACUGCCACAUCCCAAUGACAGUUUUGAGAGAUCUUCCUUUUAACCUUACUUACGAUACUCUAGUAGUAGCAAAAAUCAGAGCAAGAAAUACUGUUGAUUGGGGUGCCUAUUCAGCUUUGAACUCUAUAGGUGCGAAAAUCCAAGUUGAGCCGACUAAGAUGGCAGAGCCUUAUAGGGGAUCAUAAACUACAGCAACAUCUAUUCAAAUAUCUUGGUACCCAUUAACAUUGGCUGCUGAUACUGGAUCAUCCGCAAUCCUAUCUUAUAAUCUUUAAUGGGAUACUGAUGGAACAAACACAACCUAUGUUAACUUAACUGGAAUAGCUUCUAUGUAUCCAUAAACUUCAUUCAUCCUGACUGAUAGAAUUCCAGGUUCAUCUUUCAAUUUCAAAGUAAGAGCACUUAACAAAUGGGGUUAUGGACAAUUUUCUGCAUCUAAUCUAUUAUAUGCCUCUGAAGCAGCAGCAAGGAUAGCAAUCCCUAUCGUCACAGUCUCUGGUAUAAAUGUUAGAAUCACCUGGGUGGAACCAAACUCUAACGGUUCCCCAAUCACUGAAUAUGAAAUCCUAAUCAAACAAAAAAAUGGUGUUUUUAGCGAAAAUAUUGCUUACUGUGAUGGCAAUGUGGCUUCAGUUAUAAGUAACAAGUACUGUGAAAUCCCUAUGGCUAUACUCAGGCAAAGUCCUUAUAGUUUACUUUACAAUGAUUUAGUUAUUGCAACAGUGUCAGCUAAGAAUACGAUCGGAUGGAACACAGCUUCUCUUCCAAAUAUAGUUGGUGCUCAAAUUUAAACUGAGCCUCUUCAAAUGAAUCAACCUUCAAGAGGCUCAUAGACUAGUGAAACAUAAAUUGAAAUUAUGUGGAAUGCAUUUUCCUCAAACACUGAUACUGGGGGAGCACCAAUCGUAUCAUAUUAUCUAUAAUGGGACAAAGGAGUAAAUGGCCAAUGGUAUGAUUUGAUUGGAUAAACUUCUCCUUACAUUCUAACCUCUUUCAUUGUGACUACAAAUGUGGACAAAGGUGUAUACUACAACUUCAAAGUAAGUGCCAAGAAUGCUCAUGGUUUCGGUUUAGCAUCCUCUCCUGCAAACAUUCAGGCUAGUGAUAAGCCAUAACAAAUGUCUCCCAUAUCUUCAGAGGUAGUUGGAGACUUAUUAGUCAAAGUAUCUUGGGAUGCCCCUUACAAUAAUUCAAAUGGUAUUGACAACUACAAGAUAUUAAUUAAGCAGAAGAAUGGAGUGUAUUCUGAGAUAACAGCAACUUGUGAUGGAACUAAUGCAGCCAUUCUAGCAUAGCAAUACUGCAGCAUACCUAUGAGUGUCUUUAGAGCUUCACCAUUCAGCCUAUUAUAUGGUGAUUUAGUCUAAGCCAUUGGACAAGCUUAGAAUGACUUAGGUUGGUCGGUCUUCUCUUUACCUAAAAAUACUGGUGCUCAUGUAUUAACUGUUCCGCUCAAGAUGCUCUCUCCUACAAGAGGUGAUUUAACUAGUGAAGAUUAGAUUGUAGUGAACUUUGCUGCUUUGACAGGAGAUAGUACUGGAGGCUCAUCCAUUGAUUCGUAUAACUUGCAAUGGGAUUAAGGAUCUAAUGGAGCAAGCUGGUAGAAUCUUCAAGGCUAGGAUCUUGCUUAUUCAACAACUUUAACAUUUACCAAGUCUUCUUUGAUAGAUGCAGGAGUUUCUUACUAAUUCCAAGUAAGAGCCCAUAAUAUUCAGGGCUGGGGACCAUUUUCAGACCCAACUGCCAUCGUUGCAGCUACAUUCCCAGAUAAGCCAAUUAAGCCUACCACUGUCAUCAAUAAUAUAUUCGUAAAAAUAACUUGGGACCCACCUUACAACAACAGUGGAAUAAUCAAUGGAUACAGAUUAUACGUAGCUGAUAAUACUACUAAUUUCUUGCUCGAAACCACUUACUGCAAUGGGCUUAUAGAGCCAGUACUUUCAUCGAAGUCUUGUGAAAUACCUAUGUCAGUACUAAGAGCCUUACCUUACUAUCUAAAAUUUGAUAAUGUGGUGUUCGUGAAGGUUGAAGCAAGAAACUAAUAUGGAUAUAGUGAUAUGUCUGAUGCUAAUACAGCUGGAGCUUAAAUUCAAACAGAGCCAGUGGGUGUGACUGCCUUAGCUAGAGGCGCAUUGACUGAUGAAUCAUAGAUAGAGAUAUCUUGGUCAGCUUUAACUACACAUAUUGAGACUGGAGGUUCUUAUGUAAUAACUUACAAUCUGUAAUGGGAUCUUGGACUUAAUGGAAUACUUUGGGCCGAUCUAGCAGGUUUUACUUCAGUCUACACUAGCACAAGCUACAUAGUCACUAAUGGAGUUGUUUCUAAUAAGCAAUACAACUUCAGAGUAAGAGCUAAGAACUUUUGGGGAUGGGGACCAUUUAGUGAUGCUUAUCAAAUCAAGUCUAGUGCAGCCCCUUCUUAGAUGGACACUUUAGUAACAUCAAUAGACACACUAACAGGAGGAGUUAAGAUAGCCUGGGUCGCUCCGGAUAGUAAUUCAGACGUAAUUUCAAAGUAUCGAAUAGAAAUAAAAAAGAAAGAUGGAGUUUACAGGGAAGACUUAACCAAUUGUGAUGGAUCUCAAAGCCUGAUAAAAUCUUAGAUGUACUGCAUCAUACCUAUGAGUGAACUUAUAAUUUCACCUUACUUACUAGUUUUUGGAGAUCUUGUAUAGGUAUAAGGUGGAGCUUUCAAUGUAAAUGGAUGGGGAACAUACUCUACAGAAAAUAGUAUUGGUGCAACAAUCAGAGUAAUCCCUACUAAAAUGGGAGAUCCAACAAGAGGCUCUUAAACUACACAGUCACAAAUAGAAGUAUUAUGGUCAGCCCUUUCUACUACUCUUGCCACAGGCAACUCAGCUAUUUUGUCUUAUAAUCUUUAAUGGAAUACAGGCGUUAACUAGAAUACCUGGAUCAACUUAGUUGGCUUUACUUCAGACUCGACAGCAUUGAAAUUCAUAGUCACUUAAGGAGUUACUCCUGGGACUACUUACUAUUUCUAGGUUAGAGCAAAGAAUAUCUAUGGUUUUGGUGAAUUUUCAAAUGUAGUUACAAUUCAAGCAUCAGGGAUACCUAGUCAAAUGCAUAUUCCAGAAACAGAAGGACAAGGACUUUAUACCAAGAUAGGCUGGGCCUAACCAACUAUGAAUUCAUCACCUCUUAUUGCAUACAGGAUCGUGAUUAGAAACAGUACUAAUGCAUAUGCUGAGGACACCACAAACUGCAAUGGAACAGAUUCAACUAUAAUAGGGCAGCAGUAUUGUUUGGUACCUUAUACAGCUUUGAGGACUAACUACUCUUUAACAUUAGGCUAAUUAGUGCAAGCAAGAGUCCAAGCCUAGAAUGCUAAUGGAUGGAGUGAUUUAUCUGAACCUAACUCAAUUGGAGAUACUGUGUAAACAGAACCAGGCAAGAUGAGUACUCCUAUCAAAGACCCUGCAUCUACCACUACUUCAAUUAAAGUAAAUUGGGCAGCAGUCACUCAAACAGGAGGCACUUAAAUCGAUUCUUAUAAUCUAUAAUGGGAUAAAGGAACUGGCACUUGGGAGAAUCUCUAAGGUCAAGCUGGAAGUCUUUCUACUUUAAGAACUUUUAUUAAGAACUCUGGAAUCUCAGGAGGAAACAUAUAUAAAUUCAAGGUUUCAGCCUACAACAUUCAUGGAUGGGGAGAGUUUUCCAAUGAUCUGUCUGUGCUAGCCGCAGGAGUUCCAGAUGCUCCUCCAAAGCCAACUACAUCUAUAAAUAACCAAUUUGUGAGGAUAGCCUGGGAUGCUCCAUUCGCCAACUAUGAGUCGAUCACCUAAUACUAGAUUCUAAUUAAGCAAAGUAAUGGAGUCUACUCUGAGCAAAUUUAUUACUGCAGUGGGUCUAAUCUUCUCAUAUUUGCACAGAGAUAUUGUGAGAUUCCUAUGCAAGUUCUCACCAGUUCUCCAUACAGCCUAAGUGGUAGUACAAUUAUAUAGGCAAAUGUUUUAGCUAAAAAUGCCAUUGGUUGGUCAGAAGCAUCAGCAGAUAGUACAGGUGCAGCUUUUGCUCAAGUCAUACCACUUUAAAUGUCCUCACCAGUGAGAGAGAGUUCAACCUCCACAACCUAAUUAGUAGUUUCAUGGUUGGCAUAAUCAUUAGCUAAUAGUGGCUAUUCAAUUGUCACUUCAUACAACCUUUAAUACGAUUCAGGAACAAAUGGUAAUAACUGGGUUGAUCUUAUUGGACUUAAUGUUGAUACUACAGCUUUAACUUUUACAGUGUCUAGCAAUAUUGUUGCUGGGAGAACAUAUCUAUUCAAAGUAAGAAGUAAGAAUAUCUGGGGAUGGGGUUCAUUCUCUACUCCAACUGCUGUUAAAGCAGCCACCUUCCCAGACUAAAUGAGCUCAGUUACAACCUCUAUUGACGCUACUACUGGUGGAUUAAAAAUAUAAUGGACUGCACCAAACAGUAACUCUGAAACAAUAACUAAGUACUUGAUUGAAAUUCAAACAUCAACUGCAGGAUCAUUCGCUGAAACAAAGACAUACUGUGAUGGAAGUCUACCAACCUUACUUGCUAAUCUCUAUUGUGUAAUUCCAAUGAGUGUUCUCAGAGCAUCUCCUUACACUCUCGCAUUCGACUCUCUUGUGAAAAUAAGAGCAAGUGCAUACAACUUCUAUGGCUGGAGUCUAGUAUCAGAUCUUAAUACUGUUGGUGCAAACAUAAAAACUGCUCCAGCUAAGAUGAGUAUUCCAUUAAGAGGUUCUCAAACAACUAUAUCUUAGAUUCAUGUUACUUGGAGUGCUCUGACUACCUUACUAGAAACUGGCGGCUCUCCAAUUCUUUCAUAUAAUUUGUAAUGGGAUUACAACACCAACCAAGCUGAUUGGCAAGAUCUGGUGGGUUAUAGUAUAGAAUCAACUUCUUUAUCAUUCAUAGUAAAUUCAGGGGUGCUUAGUAACAAAAACUAUAUCUUCAAAGUAAGAGCAAAGAAUGCCUAUGGAUGGGGAGAACUCUCUGAUCCAGAGACAAUCCUAACUGCUCAAGAACCAGGAAUUGUGACUUAGACAAACACAACAAAUGAUGGCUAGAAUGUAAUCAUUUCCUGGCUUGCACCAUUCACCAACUAUGACAAUGUACUUGAAUACAAGAUAGAAUUCAGGGAGGCUGAUGGUGACUUUAGUAGUACUGCUACAUGUGAUGGAUCAUAAAAUGCGAUAGUCGACUCAAGAACAUGUACAGUAGCUUUAUCAAUUUUCAGAGGAAGCCCUUACUCAUUAACUUAUGGAAUGCUGAUUGCAGCUAGAGUAAAGUCAAGAAACACAUUUGGGUGGUCAGCAAACUCUCAAACGAAUACUCUUGGAGCCAAAAUCCAGACAGUGCCUUCAAAGAUGAGCACUCCUGUUUACGUACCUUUAUCUUCUUCGAUUUCUUAAUUUACUGUUAACAUUGCUGCCUUGACUACAGAUUAACAGAAAGGUGGAGCUCUUAUUAACUCUUAUAAUGUACAAUAUGCCAUUGGAGCUCUAAGCACAAGUUGGAGUAACAUACAAGGCUAAGAUGGCUCCUAUACAACUGCAACUACAGCAGUGCUGAACUCGAUAACAAUAACACUGGGAACUAUCUACAAGUUCAGAGUUGCAGCUAACAACAUUCAUGGAUGGAGUGAAUUCUCAGAUGAAUUUAGUGUCACUGCAAGUGAUGUUACCUCUUAAAUUGAUUCAGUAACAAUUACAGUAGACAACUUGAAUGUUAAGAUCAAAUGGAAUGCACCUGCCCAGACUAACUAUGCCUCAGUUUAGGGCUACAAGAUAACUAUUAAUGAUCUGAAUGGCAAUCCUAUUGAAGACACCACUUACUGCAAUGGCUAUGAUUUGCUCAUAUUCUCAUAACUUUACUGUCUUAUCCCAAUGCAGUAUCUUACUACAGGAAACUUUGAUCUACCUUAUGGCAGAUUAAUUGAAGCAUAGGUAUCAGCUUUCAAUAGAAAUGGAUGGAGUCAGGCAUCAGUUCCAAAUCUUUCAGGAGUCACUAUACAAAUAGAACCGACUUAAAUGGCCCCAGUUACCAAAGGUGCUUUAACUUCUUAGUCUUAGAUUCAAGUAAACUGGUUAUCACUAUCAACAGCACCAAGCAAUGGUGGCUCAGUUAUCACUAAUUACAAUUUAUAAUGGGACCAGGGCACUAAUGGCGGCACUUGGUACAACCUUGCAGGAUAAUCAACUGACUACACUCUUACUACUUUUACAGUUUCAACUAGUGUCAUUCCUGGAACCAACUAUAUGUUCUAAAUCAGAGCAAAGAACAAGUGGGGAUAUGGAAGAUUCUCAGAUCCCACAACUAUCAGUGCAUCUUCAGUUCCAGCAAAGCCCAACGCUCCUUAUACUUCGGUUUCUUCUGCAAAUGGGAAUCUUAUCAUUCAGUGGGAUGAGCCUAACAACAGAAACAGUCCAAUUGACAAGUAUUUAAUUCAGAUCAGAAACAAGCUAACUACUCUCUUCAUUGAAGAACAAACUUACUGUGACGGAACAGAUGCAGUAGUAGUUACCAAUAGAAUAUGCUCAAUUCCAAUGUCAGUUUUGAUACUCACCCCAUAUUCUCUCUCUAGAGGAGAUUUGGUAGUUGCAAAAGUCACUGCACAUAACACCAAUGGAUGGGGCACAAUUUCAGAUCAAAAUUCAGCUGGUGCCACAGUAAGAACACUCCCAGCUGCAAUGAAUGCUCCAACUAGAGGUUCUGAGACUAGUGAAAAGCAGAUACAUUUAGUUUGGAAUGCUUAGACAACAGAUUCGGAUACUGGAGGCUCAGUCAUCUUAUCAUACAGACUUGAGUGGGAUUAAGGCCUCAGCUCUUGGUAGGAUUUAUCUGGCUAUCCUAGUAACUCUCUCGAUUUAUCUUAUAUCGUCUCUACUAACAUAGCAGCUAACAAAAUUUUUAGGUUCAGGUUGUAGUCAAAGAAUAUUUAUGGAUUUGGUCCAGUCUCUUCUGAAAGAUCGAUUGAAUCUUCAGAUGUUCCAGAUGCCCCACUAGUUGUAACAACCUCCAAUGAGGGAACUAAUAUUGAUAUAACUUGGAAUGAACCAUACGACAAUAGUGAUCCAAUAAUAGGAUAUCAAAUUCUCAUUUAGAAAGCAGAUGGUACUUGGCGAGAAGAAACUUUGAAUUGCAAUGGACUUCUUGCCCCAAUAAAAGAUGAUGAAACAUGCUCAGUUCCGCUAUCGAUUCUCAUUACUACAUACGGAUUAAUGUAGGGCUAGUUAGUUGUAGUUAAAGUUAAAGCAAUAAAUUCUAUUGGAUUUGGUGACUACUCUUAGGCUAAUACAGAAGGGGCUCUAAUAAGAGUUAAACCUUAUCAAAUGACAACACCAUUCCUUGGCACUGAUAACAGCCUUUCAUAGCUAGAAGUAUUAUGGAAUUAGCUGACUGGAGUUUAAACUGGAGGUGCAGACAUAGACUCCUAUGAAAUCUCAUUUGACGGAGGUACAAAUGGUGGCACUUGGACACCACUAGCUGGAAUGGAUGGAUUUUAUACGCUUGAUACAAGUAUAAUCAAAUAAGGAUUGUCAUCAUCUGUAAACUACAAAUUUAGAGUCAGAGCUCAUAGUGAUAUUGGAUGGGGUGAAUACUCACUCGAGGCUACAUUCUUUACCUUUAGUAUGCCUAGUGUUCCUAUCAAUGUCAUUACUGCAGUAAAUAACAUGAAUGUUAAGAUAUCUUGGACAGCUGGAAAUUCUAACUUCAAGUAAAUAGAUGGAUAUAAGAUUAAAGUCAAGAAUCUAGUCACAGGAAUUUUCCAUGAGAACACAACUAAUUGUGAUGGACUGCAAGCUACUGUAAUUAAUCAAUUGUAUUGUGAGAUCCCAAUGAAUGCUCUGAGGACGCAACAGUAUUAUCUGGAAUAUGGGUAGCAGGUAGUAGCUAUGGUGCAAGCAAGAAAUGAAAGAGGUUGGGGUGACUUCUCCAGUGCUAGCACCACUAACGCACUUGUGUAGACAGAACCAUUCUAAAUGGCAAAACCCACAAGAAACACAUUAACUACAUCAAAGAAAAUAGUAGCUGAUUGGGUUGCCCUUGACUCCUCCAACAAUGGAGGAUCUGUAGUGACCUCAUAUAAUGUCUACUGGGAUGCUGGAAGUUCUGGAGUUUCUUGGUUCAGUCUCAUUGGAGAAGUUAAUGGACCUUAUCUUCAAACAUAAUUAACAGUGACUUCAAGUAUAAUCCUUGGCUAAGACUAUUAGUUCAAAGUAAGAGCUCAAAACAUGUGGGGAUGGGGUAAGUUCUCAGAUAUUACAACCAUAAGAGCUUCAGAGCCGCCAGCUUAAAUGCUUACACCUACAUUCAUAAUUGACCCAGAGACAGGAGGACUGAAGAUAUCUUGGUCUUAACCUGCAAACAAUGGAAAUCCAAUCACAGGAUACUUGAUAGAAAUUUAGAACAAGCUUAUGUCGAAUUGGUAUUCAACAUCCUCAUGUGAUGGUACUACUGCAGCAGUGCUUACAUCGAGAUACUGUAUCAUCCCAAUGAGUGAAUUCAUUAACACACCAUACUCGUUAGCUCAAGGAGAUUUAAUUAAGGUCUAAGUCUCAGCACGAAACAUCAUUGGAUAUGGGAUAGUAUCAGCAGUCAAUACAGUAGGUGAAAGAGUAAGGACUGUUCCUCAUAAAAUGGGAGAUCCUUAAAGAGGAAUCAAUACCACAACUAAUCGCAUUAAUGUUACCUGGGUAGGUUUAGUAAGUCCAAAUAAUGGAGACUCUGUGAUACUUUCAUAUCAUUUAGUAUGGGAUGCUGGUUCAGGAGCAGUUACCAAAGAUCUCACUGGUAAUGCUAAUCCAUACACUCAGACAUCCUAUCUAAUUUCAGCAGGAGUAUCAGUUGGCAUCUCAUAUACAUUUAAGCUACGAGCUAGAAAUAUCUAUGGAUGGGGUGAAUAUUCUGAACCAAUUCCAAUCACGGCUUCAGAUGUUCCUGAGUAGAUGAGCAUUGUAUAAACCUCAACCACAGGCACUCCAAAGUACAUAAAGAUUUCAUUUACAAUUCCAUCUUCAAAUGGCGCAACCAUAGACUACUAUGACUUGAGAAUUCAAAAAAGUGAUGGAACUACAUAUACUGCUAAUGUUUAAUACUGUGAUGGCACUGCUUAAGCAUUUAAAGAUGAUAGAUUCUGUGAAAUUCCAAUGACUAUUCUUAGAGGCAAUACUUAUAACUUAGUAUAUGGAAGCAUUGUUAAAGCUAUCAUCAGAGCUCAUAAUUCAAAUGGAUUUGGUCAAUAUAGUUAAGUUAACUACGAAGGAGGAACCAUUUAAACUGAACCAGGUCUUGUGCCAGACUUUUAUGUAGACGAAGAUAACUCAGAUCUUGACACUGUUAAGCUAACUUGGACUGAACCAACUGGAUCCUUAACAGGAGAUUCUCCUAUCACGCAAUACGUAAUCUAAUAAUGGAAUUCAGUAAACUCUGCAUGGGAUCCCUUAGUCACUCUUUCUGCACCAGUCUCAUCUUACGUGAAGAAUGGGUUAACUGGAGGAGUCUUUUAUAAAUUUUAAAUUGCAGCAGUCAAUAUUCAUGGUCAAGGUCCUUAUCCGGCCACACCUCUUUAGACCUAAACUCAGCAAAAGCCUGAAGCCCCAUCACCUCCAGAUACAAGUGACUCAGUGGCUAAUGUGAAAAUAUCAUGGCUUCCUCCAACAUCAAACUUUGCCACUAUUGAUCAGUAUCAAAUUCGUAUAGGCAAUUUUGAUAGUUCUAGCUUCAUUGAAGUUACUUCACUCUGCAAUGGCUAGCUAGCUGUAGUAGUCUAGAAUUCAUUCUGUAUCUUCCAAAUGAUUGACUUAACAGCAGAAGCAGCACUUGGCUUGACAGUUACAAAACCAAUCAAAGCCUAAGUAAGAGCACAUAAUUCAAGAGGAUGGAGCGACUACUCAGCAAUGUCCACAACCUUUACCACUGUAAAGACCAUACCACUACAAAUGGCAUCUCCAACCAGAGUAGACACCACAGAUGAAAGAAACCUUAAGGUGCAGUGGACAGCCUUAUCAACUCCAUAGAAUGGAGACUCUGAUAUCACUUCCUAUAACCUUUAAUGGGAUCAAGGUACUGGAGGAUUUAUGUAUUACGACCUGCUUGGAAUCACACCUUUCUCAAUUCUUAUGGAUUACACUGUGACCACAGGUGUGAUAGCUUCUAGAGACUAUAGAUUCAAGGUAAAAGCUAGAAAUAUUUAUGGAUGGGGUAACUACUCCUUGCCAAGUACAGUGAAGGCAGCUAAUAAACCCUUCAUAAUGUCUGCACCAACAACCUCAAAUGAUGAGACCACAGGUAUGGUUAUUAUAACAUGGACAGCUCCUCAUAACGGAGGAGAUACUAUUACCUCAUAUAAAGUCUACAUCGGAAACUCUGGUUACUCUUCCUUUACUAUUAAUCAAGCAUAUUGUGGUACAGCAAACCAGGCAAUCAUGCUAUCAACAUUGAGAUGUGCCAUUCCAAUGAGUGUCUUUACAGACCUUCCAUAUUCUCUAGCAUUUUAACAAGUAAUUAAAGCUAAAGUUUCAGCUUCAAAUUAAUUUGGUGAGCAGUCUCAAUCACCAGAGAACACGAUAGGGGCAUUAGUAAGGAGAAUUCCAAUAAAAAUGAAUUUGCCAGUACUGGCAUCUAGAAAUAUCGAUUCAAUUAAAGUAUCAUGGACAGCACUUACUGGUGAUGAUACAGGAAACUCAGCAAUCCUAAGCUAUGAGCUGAGAUGGGAUAGUGGAUCUGGUUCUGUUAUCUAUCUUCUUACAGAUUCGCUUGCCACUCAGUUCACUGUUAACGGUCUCACAGGUGGAUAAUUCUACAAGUUUAUGCUGAGAUCUAGAAACAUAUAUGGAUUCGGAGACUACUCUGAAAUCACUAAUAUUGAAGCAUCUGAUGUGCCUCAAAUCAUGGCGAUUCUAACUACAACUAUUGAUAAUGUUUACCCUAACAAAGUUAAGAUCUCUUGGCUUAAGCCAUUUGAAAGUUAUGAACCUAUUGAUGAAUAUAAGAUCUUACUGUUAAAGUCAGAUGGUGAAUAUGUUGAAGACUCAACUAACUGUGGAGGUGAUGAUGAAACUUUACUUUAUUGCUAUAUUCCAAUGAGUACAAUCAGAACCCUGACUGGCCAACCUUUAGGCACACUAAUAGCAGUUAAAGGGCAAUCACACAACUUGAAUGGAUGGUCAGCCUUAUCUCAACUGAAUAUAUUAGGAGCUGUUAUUGAGACAGAGCCCUAGCAAAUGACUGAUUUAAGAUAUGAUGUGGCGAAUUCAGACAAUACUAAGAUUUACUUGCAAUGGGAUGAGAUGGUAGUUGGAGUAUAGACUGGAGGAAUUGCACUUAACAACUAUGAAGUGAUGGUCUAUGAUAAUACUACUUCAGACUUUAUUCAAGCAGAACUGACUUCUCCAUCUGCAACUGCUUCUCAACAGACUCCUUUAGUGCCAGGAGCUUACUAUAAGUACAAAAUAAGAGCCAUAAACAAGUAUGGACCAGGAGCCUUCUCAAAUGUCAUAACAGUUGUAGCUGGGUAAAAGCCCUCGACUCCUGCCGCGCCUACACUUAUUAUGAAUGGAAUAUAUGUUUAAGUUACUUGGGAUGAGCCCUUGAAUACUAACUAUCGACCAAUUGAUACAUUUUAAGUUCAGUUCAAAGCUAAGAACGGCACCUUCUAUGAAGAUCUUGUGCACUGUGAUGGUUCAGAUACUGCGAUCGUAUCAACAAAAAUAUGCCUUAUUCCAAUGACUUCUCUUAGAACUUAAUUUAGCUUAGAAUACCUAGCAUAUGUGAUUGCAAGAGUAAGAGCACAUAACGAAAGAGGCUGGAGUGAAUAUUCAGGAGAAUCCUCAGGCCCUUAGAUCUAGACUGAGCCACUCUAGAUGGCAAAGCCCACCGAGGGAUCACUAACGAAUACUAGAAGAAUACAGAUUGAGUGGGUUGCUCUAACAUUGACCAAUACAGGAGGAUCUGACAUUGUUUCUUACAAUCUGUAUUGGGAUCAAGGCUACGAUAGCUGGAGAAGCGUCGUUGGAGAGAACUCGAAGUACCUUGGCACUAGCUACAUCAUCGGUAUUGGAAUCACUUCAGGAGCUUCUUACAAGUUCAAAGUCAGAGCUGAAAACAAAUGGGGAUGGGGACCCUUCUCAGAUCCAACAACUAUAGUUGCCUCUGGACCUCCAUCUUAGAUAUGA